CUGUGGGCAGGGAGCCGGGCUCGGCCGCCAGCACUAAAGAUGGAGAGGCGCCGGGGCCUUGCAGGGGAGGGGGCUCGGCGUUGACGUGGGACGCGGCGGAGGCGCAGCAGCCGGUGGUGAUUUGCUAACCUCGCAGCAGAGAGGAGUUGAGGGCGAUGAGAGCGGGUACUGCGAACUGCCGGGCGAUGCUGUCGCUGCCGCCGUGAUACGGAGAGCAACAGUUCCCCAGCAACACCCCUCCCCGACACAGGCACACACCCCCCGACAGGCACGCACACCCACCCCACAGUGCCCGGCUCGGCUGCGCCUCCUCUAUUGGCCCAGGAAGCCCACCCAGCCCCGCCACGCAGAGCCCAGAAGGAAAGAAAGCCUCAUGCCUGAGCCGAGGGGAGCACCAUGGAUCUGACAAAAAUGGGCAUGAUCCAGCUGCAGAACCCUAGCCACCCCACGGGGCUACUGUGCAAGGCCAACCAGAUGCGGCUGGCCGGGACUUUGUGCGAUGUGGUCAUCAUGGUGGACAGCCAGGAGUUCCACGCCCACCGGACGGUGCUGGCCUGCACCAGCAAGAUGUUUGAGAUCCUCUUCCACCGCAAUAGUCAACACUAUACUUUGGACUUCCUCUCGCCAAAGACCUUCCAGCAGAUUCUGGAGUAUGCAUAUACAGCCACGCUGCAAGCCAAGGCGGAGGACCUGGAUGACCUGCUGUAUGCGGCCGAGAUCCUGGAGAUCGAGUACCUGGAGGAGCAGUGCCUGAAGAUCCUGGAGACCAUCCAGGCCUCAGACGACAAUGACACGGAGGCCACCAUGGCCGAUGGCGGGGCCGAGGAAGAAGAGGACCGCAAGGCUCGGUACCUCAAGAACAUCUUCAUCUCGAAGCAUUCCAGCGAGGAGAGUGGGUAUGCCAGUGUGGCUGGACAGAGCCUCCCUGGGCCCAUGGUGGACCAGAGCCCUUCAGUCUCCACUUCAUUUGGUCUUUCAGCCAUGAGUCCCACCAAGGCUGCAGUGGACAGUUUGAUGACCAUAGGACAGUCUCUCCUGCAGGGAACUCUUCAGCCACCUGCAGGGCCCGAGGAGCCAACUCUGGCUGGGGGUGGGCGGCACCCUGGGGUGGCUGAGGUGAAGACGGAGAUGAUGCAGGUGGAUGAGGUGCCCAGCCAGGACAGCCCUGGGGCAGCCGAGUCCAGCAUCUCAGGAGGGAUGGGGGACAAGGUUGAGGAAAGAGGCAAGGAGGGGCCUGGGACCCCGACUCGAAGCAGUGUCAUCACCAGUGCUAGGGAGCUACACUAUGGGCGAGAGGAGAGUGCCGAGCAGCUGCCACCCCCAGCUGAGGCUGGCCAGGCCGCCACUGGCCGACCUGAGCACCCAGCACCCCCGCCUGAGAAGCAUCUGGGCAUCUACUCCGUGUUGCCCAACCACAAGGCUGACGCUGUAUUGAGCAUGCCGUCUUCCGUGACCUCUGGCCUCCACGUGCAGCCUGCCCUGGCUGUCUCCAUGGACUUCAGCACCUAUGGGGGGCUGCUGCCCCAGGGCUUCAUCCAGAGGGAGCUGUUCAGCAAGCUGGGGGAGCUGGCUGUGGGCAUGAAGUCAGAGAGCCGGACCAUCGGGGAGCAGUGCAGCGUGUGUGGGGUCGAGCUUCCUGAUAACGAGGCUGUGGAGCAGCACAGGAAGCUGCACAGUGGGAUGAAGACAUACGGGUGCGAGCUCUGCGGGAAGCGGUUCCUGGAUAGUUUGCGGCUGAGAAUGCACUUACUGGCUCAUUCAGCGGGUGCCAAAGCCUUUGUCUGUGAUCAGUGCGGUGCACAGUUUUCGAAGGAGGAUGCCCUGGAGACACACAGGCAGACCCAUACUGGUAAUGGCUGGAGCUGGUGUCAUCUGAAGACUCGACUGGGCUGGAUGUCCAAGAUGGCUCCUUCACUCAAUUAUCUGAGUCUCAGUGUUCCUUUGCGUGGCUUCUCUCUUCAGCAGAGUAACCUGGACUUGCUGUGUGACAGCUCAGGUUUCCAGGAGUCAGGACACAGGAACUGCCAGCCCUCUUAAAAGCUAGGCUGGAAGUACACAGCAUUACUUCUACCAUAUGUCAUCAAUCAGAUAGUCAUAGGUCAGCCCCAGAUUGAAGGCGGUGGAAGGCUGGACUCUCCUUCUCAGUAGGGAAGUGACAGAAACCUAUAGGGAAGGAGGAAUUGAUGGCAGUCAUCUUUGGAAACAAGCUACUACAGGGGACUAAAGUGGAAGAAGGAAGAACACCAGUCAGCUGCUGUUAAGAUUAUUGUCGUCAGUAUUUCAGCGUUCUUGUCCUUGCCUUUUCUGAGUGGAAAACAUGCCUCCUGACUGGCAUCUUGAGCUUUGGUCUGGAGGGGCCUUGCCCUGUCAUGAUGGGAGGGGAGCUUUACAGGUGAGCUGUCAUUCCAGUCAGCAUCUCCCUAGCUCAGUUAUAGAGAAAGUGAUCUGGCUAGGUUAUUUUGCCCAGGGUUCCAGAGGUGGUUGUCAUGAAAGCAAGGGGAGAACCGGGUCUCCCAGGGUCCCAGCCAUUUUCUUAUUGCUAGACCGCAUGUAACUGAGAAUCCCACUCUGAGAGUUCUAAUCUGGGGGAAUGAGCUGUGAGCCAGCUUUGCCAAGCAGCUUAAUUCUGUCCAUCCAGAUUAAAUUUGCAGCAGCAGGGAGCCAGCUGCCCUCUCAGCCAGGGGCAGGGGAGCAAGCUGAGUCCCCGAGGGAUGAGCAGCUGUGGAGGCUGUUCCUAGGCGGACCCCAGACGUAUGGAGCACCCCCUGUGUGCCUGGCACCUGCUGGGGAUAUGAUGGUGACCAACUCAGGCACAUGCCCUGUUCUUGAAAGAAGCUGAAGGUCUGAAUGUGGUGGUCUGGGCCUUUUGUUUUUUCCCCAGAGAUCUUGUGGAUGGGGCUCCUCAGCUGGAGGAGGGAGAGGUCAGCUACCAAGUGCCCCCUGCUGAUGUUGAGGUAAAAUGUGGCUUGCUCAAUAGGCCACAUGUGGUGUGCUCAAUAAAGAUUGAGUAAACUGAGCUCUUGAAAGGAUGGGGAAUGGAGAAAAUGAAUCCAAAUUAGGGGUGAGACACCAAGGUGGAUGCUUUGAGAAGGGCUCCCUGCCAGCCUUAGUGUGAGCUGUGGGCGAGCUCCCCCAGCAGGGAAGAGCCACUUCCUUGUGUGGGGCAGGUGUCGUGCUCAGUGCCGAGGGGAGAUACGACAGCAGUUUUACCCUCAGGAUAGGGCUGGCAAAGAGGGGUCCUGUGUGACCAUGGUGACUCUUUCUGACAUGUGGCAGAGCUCAUUCAUCACUCAUAGCGCUACUUCCUGCUGAACUCAGGUGGAUUUUUAGUUCCCCUAAUAAUCAAUGAGAGAAUACAGUCUGAAAUCUAUUUGCCCUCUCUGUUCCAGGAAAGGGGUCCCAGGAGGAAGGGAGUUGCCUGAUGACAGGGAGCGCUGAAAAUGUCACUAAAGCUAUUGGAGUGGGAAAAGCCAGGUGGGAGACCAGGUACUGUUGGGAAGCCAACGGGAGAGUAGGUAGGGAAGAGCUCUGAAAAAGAGAAGGAAUGGAGACCCUGGGACAGUAAAAAUACUGCCAAUGCCACUUGAUAUUUUUGCUACCUUAGUUUAUAAAACAAUUUCCUUGAUUACACCCAUUUAACAGAUGAGACCAUGGAGGCCUAGACACUACCCACUAGGAAGUAGAGAACUGGAACUUGACCCAACUCCAACUCAAGUGUUCUUUCUACUACUCCCUGGCUGCCUCCGCACUGACUGAGUGUUGUCCAGGAGUCUGUAGGCUGAUUGGUUCAGGGUGAUCCUGUUUAGAGGUCAUUGAGUUCAUGGCCCUGCCUGGGAAGAGCUCUUUUGGAACCCUGUGCCCCAUUGCACUAAGAAGCCCCAACACCCUGAUGUGUACAUCCUCCUCCUGGAGUAGGAUACAGUUUGCCUGAAUCAGAUCAGUUUCAUAUCCAAGGCUGCCAUGUGGGAGUUCAUGGAGCUCACGUGUGGCUUUGCAUAGGGCAGGUGGUUAUGGUGUCGUACAGGUAUUCUUGAAACUGGAAAAUGAAUUUAAUGGAAACUAUUUCCAAUUCCAGCCUAUCCAAGAGAAUGGCAUGUUCACAUCUCACCCUUUUGACCCUAUUUGACCUGGAUUUCUGUCCUGGUGUGUGUGACCCCUCCUUGCCCCCUGCCCUCAAGAUCUUGACGGGCUCAAGCUGGUGUUCUAGGAGGCCACGCUUAUGGUUGGGCUGGGCUCAGGCUUUGUUGUCACAUUCAGUUUUCUGUUUUGGUACAACGAAGGCUUUGAGGAGAUAAACAGAGAUCAUUUUACACCUUUUAUAUUAUGACAAAUACAUAUUGCAAAACACUGCUGCUUCCAAAAUGUUUGGGUUGCAGAGCAGUGAGGAAUUAACAGCUAGGCAGUUCCCGAGAUGCUUGUACUUCAUUUACACAUCAGAAUUUUUUUUACACUGUUCAGUAAAAUAAAAGUGAGAAAACACACAUACGUGCACGUGCACACCCCCAUGCACACCCAGUGCACCACCUGGCUUCUAUGUCAGGAAUGUCUUAAAUUAGUAAGUAGUUCUUUAAGUCCAGAUAAACUGAUAAAUACCAUUAAUGGCUUAAUUUAUUCUCUGGGUUUGAAAUUUGACACACGGACACUAUCUUGGCUCAGGAAACACAAGUGGUUUUGUGCCAGAGGUUUUAAUGACCGAUCAGUAAUAUAAAUUGCUGCAUCACUGAGCAGAAAUAGCUUCUCCAUGUCAUUUGAUCUGGAAACUUCUCUGGCCAGGCAGCAGUUAAUAAAUUUAAAAAUAAUUACCCUCUUUAUUCAAAGUCAAACUAAUUAGGAGUGGGUUUUACAAAUCAUAAUGUUGUUCAAGCCACUGUACAUCCCCAUUUGGGACUUGAACAGGCCUGGGGGCAACAGACAGGAUCCGGUGGUGUUAAUUAGAGGGCAGCGAGAUAACUUGGCUGCUGAGCUCCAAGGUAGGAGGCCGGGCAGUCUUCAGCAUGCCCUCGGGAGAAAAUGGGAGGUCUGAGUGAAGAGGCCAUGAGGGUGACCUGUAGGAACCUUCAACUCUUUCAGUCCAUCUGUAGGGGACCCAGAGCACACCUAUUGGUAAUGUGAACAUGGGGGAGUUGGGGCCAGGGCUGGUCUGUGUGGGCCUGGCCAGAGAGACUGAGGGAGUCAGGGAGCAGGAAAGGGGGAUGGGCAAAUGACUGCCUGGGGACAAGAGACCUGCCUGAAGGCAGGGAAGUGGAUGGGAUGAUCUCUAGAGGACAUUACUUCCUAGGAAAGUUUGAGCCCUAACAGAGUGGUGCAGGCUUGUCAUGCAGAUUGCAGGGAAGAGGAACCCCAUGAAGCCUAAAGUCAGAGUGUCAAGUGCAGGGUAUUUGGUGCACAGUGACCCAGAACUUGGGAUCUGGUGUCAGACUAUCUAGAUUCCAAUUCCAGCCCCAUCACAGAUUGGAUAAUCUCAAUAUAGGCCUCGCAUGGAGUAAGUGCUCAGGAAAUGGAGGUGCCAGUUUCUCUCAUCGCAUCAUCCUGGUCUUCCUCAGAGGCUUCUGAGAACAUGAAUUUCCCCCACUGGAUAGGUUGACGGGGCCAAGUCAGUGAGGAUGGUGUUGGAGGAAUAGGAACAGUAUACACCUGCUUUGCAAGGCCAUGGUGAGGUCUUCCAGGAUCCCUGACUAUGUCCUCCGGCCAAGAGGACAUUUGCAAUGUGCCCACUGAGUUAACAGCCACUGGGGCCCUCUCAGUGCAGUUGAAAGAAGUGAGGGCAGAUUGAAGCUCCACACUUUGAGCAAUCUCAGGGAGCAGAUUUGGUAGAUCUUAAGGCCCUGAGGUCUGGAAUACCCAAAGCUUCCCUAAGGAACCAUUCCCUGUUGGUGUCUAAACAGGUGAUGUGUAAACCCAGGCCAGACAGGCCGCAAAACUGGAAUUGAGACUAAGCAGGUGUACCAGCCUCCAGGAGCACCAGGCCUGUGCCCUUCUACAUCUUAAGAGGAGGCUUCAGUGACUGGUGCCCUCAAAGGCUCAGGAAUUUUGGGUUCCUGGUAGGGUCCUGAACCAUGUCUGCUAUCACCAGGAACCUGGGUAUUCCCUGUCUCUUGACUUCUUCAAAUAGAACCUUCCACCUCAUCCUACCUUUUCGCCAGUAAGAAAAAAGAGGCAAAGAAACAGACAAAGAUAGCUAAGGUCAUUCCUAGGUUUAGAAGUUCUGAGGCUGGGAAGCUUAAGGGCACCCUCUGCAGGCCCAGGGUACUAGGUUGAACUAGACCCUAGACUUACCCUGGAGGAAUUCAGCUCUCUCCUCCAGCCCUCAACCUGCCCUGCAAGGUCUGCCAGGUGAGUGACUCAAGUUUGCUGUGAGACUAGCCUGUGUAGCUGGCUUAUCCUGUAGUUCCUUCAUUUCCUCAUUCUCUGAGUUUUUAAGUACCUACUGUAUGCUAGGUGCUUUGUGGACUUAAUACAUAAUAGUGAACAGAAAUUGGGCCCUGCCUUCCUGAAGGUUACGGUGUUGUGAAGGAAAUGAGCAUGUAGGUUGAACUUGCCUUAGGUACAGAUAAUUCAAUAGCUGUACUCUUUUGGAUACUUUUGAGUUAUUAUUUUUAUUAAGUCUUCACUAUAGUCCAAAAAUAUAGACCUUUUUUCUUCCCUAAUCUUUGCCAGAGAAAACUGAGUCCCAGAAAGGUUAAGGAAGACCAAUCUGGGGCAGGACUUGAAUGUGUGCCUUGGGCUUCUGUACCCCAGAGCCCACAUUUUAGCAUUGUCUUCCCUCCCUGUGGGGGCCUGGGCAUCAGCUCUCAUGUGCGGAUCAAUGGAUCAAAGCCCCUAUUUGAAAAAGGGGGUCAGUUAAGAACACACAAUCCAAACUAGAAUUAGGGCCCACGAGUUCAGCCCAAGGUUCUCUCCACUGUGACUACAAAAUAAGUACUUUCUUUUACUGGCCUAGAAAAAGUUGCUUAGUUUCCACAUUACUGCGUCACAGGGGAAGCCACUCAACCAGAUGCAAAUGUUGAGAUGCUGGUUCUCAUCCACUGUGUUGUCGGCUGCAAGAGUCUUGCAGUCCAGAAACAGCAUACCUCUGGCGGCUGAGGGUCCAUGCUGUGGACUCUGCCCUUCCCUUCUAGCAGGGAGUGGGCAUUGGAGGGAACCCCACCCAAAGGGUCCUCUUCAUUUCAGUGUGAAGGAGUCUAGGAGGCAUAUACUCUGUCUUCCCCCCACUCUCUGUUUCUCUCUCUUUGUCUCUCUCUCUCUCUUUGCACUGUGUGGCCUCCCCCUUUGGAGGUGCAGAACUGUCUCUCCAACCUUGGUGUUGGCUGCCUGCUUGCACUGGCCCCUCUCUCCUGAUAUGUUAAUAAUAUUUGGAGGAAGCUUCAGGGACAGUCCCUGGCUCUGAACUUCAGAGUAGAAAAUGAAGUCCUUGUUUGGAGAAUUUUCUGUAGUGGGUGAUCAUGGUGGGGGCAGGGGGUGGGGUGGGAGUAGCAGGCAAGACAGAGGAUUUAUUUUAUUUUAAUUAUUAUUUUUGAGACAGAGUCUCGCUCUGUCGCCCAGGCUGGAGUGCAGAAGGCAGAGGAUUUAAAAGGGUGAGCAGCAACGCUCCUUCCCUCAGGAUAGCUGCUGGCCUUGCCCCCUCCUGCCCUGAGCUUGGCACGAGGGACAGUGCUGGGCACCAAGGAGUCCUGUAAUGAUAGGAAAACUGGCAACUGUUCUAGUUCCUGCUCUCAAGAACAGCCUCCCAGUGGCUGGUCCCAGAGGAGCUGGGAGGGGGCCAGAUGAUGACAAAUAACUUAAUCUACCUAAACUUUACAUGAAAAAAAAAAAAAAAUCCAAACGAGCCUCAAACCUCUGUCCAAGGUGGAGGGUAUCAGGGAGGACAGGACAGUGAGUCAUCAGAGGGACAGGCAGACUCCAUGUGGUUUGCUGUGACCUCCCCAUUGAAAACAUAAUAGCAUUUGACUUUUAUAAAUAUCAGAGGUGAUUUGUAUAGCAUUUCACAUUCUGUGCCAAGGAAUUUAACAUGAGAAAGCUCAGGCUCAAGAACGGCCGCGGAACGUCAUAGGCACUUUGGGAGGAGGGUCAUGUGCUGCUGUUUGUACAGUCAGUGCCCCAGCAUAGAUUUACUCUUGACCUAAUUUCAUGCUGUUACUAUAAAGGCAUAUUUGAUGCCUAAUAUAGAGUUUUAUUUUCCAAGCACAGGGCUCUCGGCUGUGCUGGAGCUGCUUGCUGUAGAGUAGGGAGGAACAACCCAGCCGUCUCCUGCUGGCCCAGACCAGCUAUUCUUUCUCUCCAUUGUUCACCCUAGUGGCUCCCAGGGCCCCUCUGGCCACCUUCUGGAGGGGCCCCCGAUACUCUUUUUUAAAUUAAUAAAUUUCAUUUUUUUAAGAGCAGCUUUAGGUUAUAGCAAAAUGGAAUGGAAAGUAUAGAGUUCCCACUGUACCCCCGUCCUCACACGCAAGUGCACAGCCUCCCCCACCAUCAACAUCCCACACCACAUGGGUGGUACAUUUGUUACAAUUGGUGAGUCUACGCUGGCACAUCAUUGUCACCCAGGGCCCACAGUUCACAUGAGGGUUCACUCCUGGUGGUGUACAGUCUGUGGAUUUGGACAGACGUGUAAGGACACGCAUCCACCAUUUUUGUAUCAUACAGAAUAGCCGCUUCACUGCCCUGAAAGUCCUUUGUGCUCUGCCCUUUCAUCACCCCAGCACAUUUUAUAUGAAGCAUCACUGCCCUGGACAGUGAUUUGAGGGGAUCAGUGGUGUUUGGCUCUUUUGGGAUUGGAGAAGGAGAAUUUAAGCAAGGCAGGUUUGGAUUAGAAAGGGCUGAAGCUCAUUUCCUCCACAGACAUCUUGAGUGUUUCUCGAUGCCAGACAUGGAUGCUCGGUCCUGGGAUAGGGAUUUUGGACAUGUAUGCUGGGACCUGGGACCGGGAUGCCAGACACGGAUGCUGGGCCCCGGGACGGGGAUGCCGGACAUGGAUGCCAGGUCCCGGGACGGGGAUGCCGGACAUGGAUGCCGCUGGGCCCUGGGACGGGGCUGCUGGACAUGGAUGCCGCUGGGCCCCGGGACGGGGAUGCUGGACAUGGAUGCUGGGCCCCGGGAUGGGGAUGCCGGCCAUGGAUGCCGCUGGGCAGUGGGCAGGACACAGACCUUGCCCUUCCCCGGCCUCCCACCCUAGUGGAAAUGUGAUUGCAAAUUACCAUUGGGGAUGUGGAGGCAGCAUGGUGUUUGGAAGCAAUAAUGAAUUAGGAUAAGGAGAACUAGGUUCUUAUCCUGGCUCUGCUAUGGACUUGCUUCAUAUGGGACAAAUGGCUUCGUUUCCUUGCUUCUCUCAAAGGUAGGGUGUAGGAAUUGGGCAAGAAAAGUGCUGUUUGGGGGGUUCUGUGGUUCCAAGGACAGCCUAAGAUUCUGAUCUUGCAUUGAUGGUCUGUAUUUUUCUCAACCUUAGUUUUUCACAUUUGUAAACUAUGAUUAAUAAUCAUAAUGGUUGCUGUAAGAACUACAUAAAACCAUACAUGUGGGGCCGGGCACGGUGGCUCACACCUGUAAUCCCAGCACUUUGGGAGGCCGAGGUGGGUGGAUCAUGAGGUCAGGAGAUCAAGACCAUCCUGGCUAACACAGUGAAACCCCGUCUCUACUAAAAAUACAAAAAAUUAGCCGGGCUUGGUGGCGGGCACCUGUAGUCCCAGCUACUUGGGAGGCUGAGGCAGGAGAAUGGUGUGAACCCGGGAGGCGGAGCUUGCAGUGAGCCGAGAUCGCGCCACUGCACUCCAGCCUGGGCGACAGAGCAAGACUCCGUCUCAAAAAAAAAAAAAAAAAAAGAAAGAAAAAAAAAAUCAUACAUGUGAAGCCCUGAGCCCUGGGAAGGAGGACUGAUGUAUGCAUAAGUGGUAGCUGCUUGCUACUGUUAUUUUUAGAGGCCUGCAGUUUCUGUCCCUCACCAGUUGACAAGAAUUCCUCCACUUUAUUUAGUAGCUUAUUCAGUAACAGUGUAUUAAAUACCUACUGUGUCUGAAGAAGGGAUUAAAGAUGAAGAUCUUUUGCCUCUUAAAAACUGUUCUAGAAAUUGGAGGGGAAGGAUAGAGUCUGAUCUUUGAGGACUAUUAUUCAGAACGUGGUCUGUGCCCAGCACUGUGGCUUUUUAUGUAUGGUCCAAUAUAGUCAUCAGGACACCACUAAGGGGGGCUUCACCGUCUGCAUCACUGAUGAGGAAUCACAGGCUCAGAGAGGCUUAAAUAAUACGACUCAUCCAGUGGCAGGACUGGGAUUCCAGGUUGGUGUUUUCUUGGGGUGGUCUGGCGGGACUCACCGUCCUCACUGGUCUGAGUUGCCCCUUCACUCUCAGAAUUGUCCCCACAUCCGAGUCGUGAAUAAUCAACCUCAGUUCUUGAUCUCGGGUUUCCACUCGUCUCCCCUCGUGCCCAUGCUCAGCCCCUCAAGCUUCUCCUUUAUCCCUCUCUCUCCCACUAUCCACUCCUGUGUUUCCUCUCUGACUUCUCACCCUUCUCCUUAGUGACGCCAUGGCUGCCCGAUGACAGAAAGGAGUUAAUAAAAACCAAUGUGUAACUGAAACUUGAAAGGCCAUAAAUCGCCUUGUUUUUUCUAGGAUGUUGGUAGCAUUUUGAUUUAAUAGUUGGACAAACACAAGGGCCUAUUUUAUUCAGAGUUUACAGGCCUCAAGGCUGUUAUUCCUCCAAAGUUAAUAGCAUUGAAAUUGCAGGGUUUGCUAUAAUUUGCCUAUCGCUUUCUGCUCCACCAUUGAUGUUUAUUGUCAGCGGGAUGGAAUCUCAAUCCGACUCACUUAGAUAACAUGUCUGUUAAACAUUUAGAUAAUUGUACCAUCAUUAACUUGUCACAUUAUUUUAGAGAUUCAAAACAGAGGCAGGGUAAGUAGAGGUACCCAAAGGGAGUGGAGGUGGGAGGAGGGGGAGGAGGAGGAGGAGGAAGAGACAACGUCUUCUGAGUUAGACAGCCAGGAGAGGAGAAAGUUCAUUGCACACCUUGGCAUCUCUUUGGAGGUAUCUAAGUUAAGGAGGUACGUGCCACCAAGCCGGGCCCAGGGUUGCUCCCUGAGGAAUCCGGGGACCAGUGUCUCAACCACCGACCGCCGUGGCAGUAGGGCCUGUUAUCAGCAGGCCCCUGAGACAGUGUGGCCAAUGCUCAGAAACCCUUGGCGUUUCAUCCCCGACUUUGGCCUUUAUGUACCAAAGUUUCUAAGCUUUCCUUAGGGAUGCUGAUUGCAACAUUAUUUGUAAUUGCAAAGCAAUGAGAAUGACCUAAAUAUCCAAAAGUAAGGAAUCUGUCAAUGAUGGUAUGGAAAGAUGUCCAUGAUGUUUUGCAUGAUAAAAGCUGGUUAGAGAAAUCAGGUUAUAUAGUGUGGUCCCAUUUCAUAUAAAAUACUAAAGCCACCCUAUAAGACUCUGUAAUGCUCUAUACCUGUUAACAAUGAUUAUCUUUAGAAGUGGGAUUAUAGGGCAAAGGUGUUCUACUUUCUGCUUUAUCUAUUUUUGAGUAAUAAUAAUGAUGAUUUACAAGCACAUAUCACUUACAUAAUUUUAAAAAUUAAAGUCACUUUAUAAAUAAGAAAAAUAUCACCUUCAAGUCUCAUUCUGUGUAUGGAAGGAGGACUUCUAAAAAGAAAAGGCUGCAAGUACAAAUAAAUGAGUUUUGGGAGCGCUCAUGGACAUCAGUAUCUCAGCCACACUGGCAGGUGCCUCAGUUUCCCACUGUUAGGACAGAUAAAUGCCAGAUGGAGAAUGCAGCACAGGGGAAUGGGCCUGUGCCAGCACUCAGAGGUCAGGGCUGCUGUCUUGUUCACUAUGGGCCUGACGGAGGAAGUGAGUAAGAAGAGAGCUUUUUCUUACACCGACAUAAGGACUGAGGUCACACCUGGAGGGGGUGACAGAGGCCACAAAUAAGAAUGAGCUCAGCUGGAAGUGGGAGUGACUCCCCAUGUGGGAGACUUGGGGAUCAAUUAAAUACCAACAGUAGUGGGGCACUGAGCUUGGAAUACAAAACUGCCCUCGAGAAAUAACGGGGUGUUUGCUCCCUGUUCCCAUGGUACCACGAGGUCGCAGAGGUGACUACAGUGCUGUCCAUCUGGCUUUGGACACUGUUAUCUCCUGCAUUCCCAGGGCCUUCUGUGUGACCUGGACGAGAGAACUGUCACUAUUGCCUCUCUCCAAUCUGUGUGUGCCCCAGUGACACAGGCAAUAGGAAAAAUGUUUCCCCAACUGUACCGUAAAUAAUGCAGAUAUUUGGGCGUGGGAGAAACAAAUAAUAUCAAUAUUUUAUAGACUGUAGGCUAAAUAAUGUAUAUAUUUAGAAAAGCAGCUUAAAUAUUUCAUAUGCUGCAGUGAAGAUUCCUGCUUAGAGGCAUAAUUUGGGCUGGUGAGGGCUGUGAGUUAAGGAUGCAGUCCUGCGGAGCCCCGGGGUGAGGGGGCAGAGGGGAAUGCAGUAAAAGUGUGUGUGUGAGAUUGGAGUGUGGCAAGGACAGGCAGGUAUCACUUAUUUGGAACCCAAGUAGUUGGAAGUUUCAGAUUUUUUUUAACUAUCCUGUGCUCUUUUUGUUUUUAAUGUGGGAGAGAGACAAAUGACAACCUAAUAACAAGAAUUUAUUUUCAAAAAGUAACUUCCAACCCAAGAGAAUUGAAAAUGUGUCCACAUAAAAACUUACUCAUGAACAUUCAUAGCAGUGUUGUUCACAAUAGCCAAAAGGUGGAAACUACCCAAUUGCCUAUCAGCUGAUGCACGGAUAUACAAAAUGUGGUAUAUCCAUACCAUGGACUAUAAUUUGGCCAUAAAAAGAGUAAAAUAUUGAUGCAUGUUACAGCAUGGAUGAACUUUGGAAAUCCCGUGCUAAGUGAAACAAGCAAGACAUGAAAGGCCAUGAAUUAGAUGAUUCCAUUUAUGUGAAAAUGUUCAGAACAGAGAGCUCUAGACAGUUAGUAGAUUAGUGGAUGCCACAGGCUUGGGGAAAAUGAGAAGUGACUACUAAUGGGUAUGUGGUUCCUUUUUGGAGUGAUGAAGAUAUUCUGGAAUUAGAUAGUGGUGGUGAUGGUAUUCAGCUUUAUGAAUACAUUAAAAACCAAUAAAAGGGCCGGGCACAGUGGCUCAUGCUUUGGGAGGUUGAGGCAGAAGGAUCACUUGAGCCCAGGAGCUUGAGGCUGCAGUGAGCUUUGAUGGCACCACUGUACUCCAGGCUGGGUAACAGAGCAAGACCCUGCCUGUUAAAAACAACCCCCUCCACCCCCGCAAAAACAACAACAACAAAAACAUUAAAAGGGUGGAAUUUUAUGGUAUAUGAAUUAUAUUUCAAUUAAAAUAAAAAACAACUUUCAGGUAUGUUGUUGGUUCUUACAGACUUAACCCAACCUCCUAUACCUGCGGCAUCACAGGACUGCAGGUAACGCUUUGCAUCAUAGUGACCAUUCAGACAGUGCGGGAGACUGUGGCACCUUUAGAAUCAUUCUAUUCACAGAAGGCAGCAGGGAGUAGGGGUGGCUCUGGGAUGCCUCCUUGCCCUCCCCAUUCCUCCAUUUUCAGAAACAGGAAGGAAGGAUCAGGUCUGAACUCGGAUCUGGUGAAGUAGUGAGUCCGACAUCUGCAAAGUCAGGAGGAGACGGGGUAGUUGCGUCUGUGUAGAUUUCUAGAAGAAAAGCCAGCCAUCAUCUGGCCUGGGAGGAGUCACUCUUGUCAAAAGCAAGACAUGGAUGGUAUUGACCCAGGCACCCCAUUUUAAGAAAAAUCAUACCUGUAAUACGGCUUCAGUGUGGGGAAAUUAGAAAAUACUUACAAACAAAAGAAAUAUGUUCUCUGUGUCCCAUUAUCUUUUUUUUUUUUUUUUCCGAGACAGUCUUGCUUUGUCUCCUAGGCUGGAGUGCCAUGGCACGAUCUCGGCUCACUGCCACCUCUACCUUCCGGGUUCAAGCGAUUCUCCUGCCUCAGCCUUCACAGGCAUGCACCACCACGCCCAGCUAAUUUUUGUAUUUUUUAGUAGAGAUGGGGUUUCACCAUGUUGGCCAGGCUGGCCUCAAACUCCUGACCUCAGGUGAUCCACCCACCUCACCCUCUUAAAGUGCUGGGAUUACAGGUGUGAGCCACCACACCUGGUCUCAUUUUUCUUUUAUUCACAAAUGGGGCUAUGAUAUUCAGUGCAUGCUGUUUUGUAAUCUGUGAUUUGCCUACCAACAGACCUAUGUCUUGAUGAUCAUUUUAAUGGUUUCCCAGUGUUCUCCCUAUACCCAUUCGUUUUUUUCUCCCCAUGAUCUCUGAUGUUCCUUAGUUGUGCACCAGGGACCAGACCCUGUAUCCAGAGGACCUUCCAGGGGCUCCAGGAAGGAGUGGCUGACAGAGAUGCAGCUCUUUACCACCUCUCACCUAUUGCUGCUUCUGUCAACAAGAUAAACUGGGCCCACCAAGCAGUUUUGCAGUAGCUGUUUACUCGACCAUCCCAGGCAAGCUUGAGAUGCUGGGAACAUAUCCAUUCCCCACAUUCAGUCUUCUUAGAAACUGUUUCCCUUUUGGUUUUCUCUAGGCUUGCAAGUGGUCACUCGCCCUGAGUUGGAUUUGGGCAGGUAAUUUACUUCCGCUACUAAUUUAACGAAUGGCACUGCCCUGAGGUCGGGCAGACUAAGGAAAAUAUAGGCAUCAAUUCAUUUGCCACGUUAAAAGCCAGAGUUAAGUAACAAGUUAAGCAUCUCCAUACAUUAAGUAUCCCAGGCCCAACUAGGGAAGAUUUCCUGGAGCUGAUGAGCCCCAACCAGGCAUUAGGAAAAAGGCAUUUAAAAAAAAAAUUUUGGCCGGGCACGGUGGCUCAUGCCUGUAAUCCCAGCACUUUGGGAGGCCGAGGUGGGCGGAUCACGAGGUCAGGAGAUCGAGACCAUCCUGGCUAACAUGGUGAAACCCCGUCUCUACUAAAAAUACAAAAAAAUUAGCCGGGCGUAGUGGUGGGCGCCUGUAGUCCCAGCUACUCAGGAGGCUGAGGCAGGAGAAUGGCGUGAACCCGGGAGGUGGAGCUUGCAGUGAGCCAAGAUCGCGCCACUGCACUCCAGCCUGGGUGACAGAGCGAGACUCCAUCUCAAAAAAAAAAAAAAAAAAAAAAAAAAAUUCUUCUCUGAACCUUAGGAGAAGUUAGCUAACAGAGGGAUUGUAGGUUUGGGUCAGACGCAGUGUUCCCUGCCCUCAGUAGGAGAAGAUCCAUUACAGAUUGGAAAUGACUUUGUCUCUUAAGUGUGCAUUGUCAGAUGGGACGCACGUUCCCCUCAACCAAACAAAUAUAAAAUGCUUCCAGCCUCUGCCUCGGAUUUUCUAUUACUGUUUCACAGGACUCCAGAGAGUUUUAAGAUAGCAAUUUGAUUAAGCUUAUGGGGAAGAUCCCAUCAGAUAACAUUCUUUUUCUGCAGGUAGAGAUAGUGUGUUCAAGUAUUAAGUAUGUUUUAAAGGUAAUUAUCUUUUCCAUAUUCAUUUUAGUUACAGGAAUUGACAAGGGGGAGACUCUGCAUCUGAAAGCUGCCCCUUGGGCCCUAGAGUCACUCUGACUGCUCUCCUCUGGGGAACACACUUGAGGCUUUUGACAAGUGAAUGAGCACCGAGGGUUUUUCUAUUUUGAAAUGGCUCGGGAUCCCCUGUCUCCAGACAAGUGAUCUAGAGGGCAAGGUCUUGGCCACUGACCUCAUCUGGCUCCCUAGCUUAGAUUCCUUGUUCUGGGACACCCACUGGGCUCCAAAUCCUAGGAUCCUGGAUGUCAAGAGGGAGGCUGGCUGCUACUCAGAAAGAGGACUUGUCUCAUCUAGUACCGAGUCAUGGUGCCAUAUCGCCAACCUUUCAAAAGUAGAGUCUGGAAUUGCCAUUUACAUAUACUGAGCCCAGUGUUGGGGUGUUUUCACAUCGGGAGACACUAAUUAGGGUCCUAGAAUUCUAAAAUCUGUAGACUCCUAGACUGCAGAACUGUUGCAAGGGGCCUUAGGGAGCAUGAUGCUGAGCUUCAGAGGGGUUCUGUGAUUUGUCUGGGAUCACACAGCAGGCUGGAGAGACACACUGUGGGCUAGAACCCAGGGAUCCCUGGUCUUAGACCACUGCUUCUGUCCCUCUACCCACAACCCUGUGCCAUCUCCAGAAAAGCUCCUCUUUCCCUUUCCUGGAAAUCCCCAGAGUAGGAGAUUCUGCCCCCAGGCAGCCCUCCUUGGCCAUCUGUGAGUCAGGGUCUGCACCAGGGCUCUGUAUGGGCCUGAGGAGCCCCCAUAGCAAGCCUGAUGCUGCUGGCCUGGAGUUCCUCAAACCUCACUUUGCCUGCUAGCUGUGCUGUUCUAAGCAUUCUGUACAUUUUUACAAAAUAGAAAAAUUAGGGCUCAGCCCGCUUUGAGAAAGCUAACUAUUGCUAGGGAGGAAAACAUACAUAUCUAAAAAGAUAAGUAAUAAAACAAGGCAAUUGGAUGUGAUAUACCUGCACUAAGAAUUCAGGAGUGAUGUUUUUAGGUUCCCCAUCCCUUUGUCUGCCCAAAAUCCAGUCUGCUGUGGCUAGACACCUAUGGCUUCUGCAUACAGCAUUUCCCCCAUGUUACUUCUCUGUCUGAUCUCAGGUGCCCUUGGUUUGACAGCUGCAGCUUGUUGGUCUGAAGGCAAGUGACACUGGGAAAGGACCCUAGUGAGAGGUUUAUCACAUAAGACCCCAGGAUGGCGGCAUGCUCUGUUUUUGAACAACUGCCUCGUUCCUGUAAGACAAAGGUGGCAAUGGAGGGUGGAUGCAGAGUUGAUGGCUGCAGCCCAAGUUUUGGUGCUUGGCCUCAUGUGUUACAUCCUAGGUAAGGAUGUCUCUGCCAUCUUAACACCCAUACCUGCUCUUGCGUCUCUCUCUCUUAUCCUUCAAAGGAUCCUCAUUGUCUUACCCCAGCUAUACAGUGAAAUCAUUUAGAGGAACUUUAUGAAAAAAAUGUAUUAAUAGCAAGCAAAGGCUCCCACCUCAACCCGGAUGAAUCAGAACCUCCUGCAUGGGGCUCAGACAUGGAUGUAUUUUCAAGCUCCCCAGGAGAUUCCUAUGUAUAACCAGGGUUUAGAAUUUCCAGAUGGGAUAAGAUUAGACUCUACUGCAUGGCCCAGAAGGUUCCUCACAAUCAGAGUCACAGGCUUCAUCUUUUGUCACCCCCUAUGAUGCAUGUACACUGAGCCACUUAGAAUUUCCCAGACUCUCCUGGCUGUUUUUCUUCUCCAUGCAUCUUCCACUAACCCCCACACUCUCAUGUGUCUUGUCUGCCUGAUACACACACACACACACACACACACACACACACACACACACACACACACAUUGAGGCAGAGUUUCACUUUGUCACCCAGGCUGGAGUGCAGUGGCAAGAUCUCAGCUCACUGCAACCUCCACCUCCUGGGUUCAAGCGAUUCUCCUGCCUCAGCCUCCUAAGUAGCUGGGAUUACAGGCAUGUGACACCACACCCAGAUAAUUUUUGUAUUUUUAGUAGAGACAGGGUUUCACUAUGUUGACCAGGCUGGUCUCGAACUCCUGACCUCAAGUGAUCCUCCUGCCUUGGCCUCCCAAAGUGCUGGGAUUAGAAGUGUGAGCCACCACGCCUGGCCUUGCCUGCCUGGUAUUAAUAGAGUCUUCUCAGCUCAUUUGUCUUCUCUAUGACACCCUUUUCACAGUUGACCCUCCUUCUGGUCUCCAGCACCAUAGAUGUACACCACUUGCCCUUAGCUAUCUUGCCACUCCAUGAGUUAGGGUGAAGAUUGAACCACCUUGGGGACUUGGGCCUUUCUACUGUGUUAGUUCAAAUAAUCAUUCAAUAAAUGUUUAUUGCAUGAUUAAUCAAAAACAGAAAAGGGAGCUUCCUGAUUAGAAGCAGGAAUGAAGAAUCUGUUCUUGUCUGGCUUCAGAUUUUUGCUCUUCACUUGCCAGGUGAAGGACCUUGAAAGAGUCACUCAACCUUUGCAAGUCUCAGAUUCCUUGUCUGAAAAAUUAGGACACCAUACCUGCCCUUUAUACCUCAAAAAGGGAUGUGAGGACCAAAAUGGUCUUAGAACAGGGUAGGGUCUUUGCAAGCAGUAAAGCAUGAUUCAGAUGUAAGGUGAUGUCAUUGUGAUGUUUCCUCUUGCUGUGGGCUCUGGCUUCAAGGUGCCCUGCAAUGCCAAUGCACCCCAGUCUGUGCCCUCUGCACAGCCUCCCAUCCCAGCUUUUCUGGGCCCUUUUCUUCCGUUGGCUUCUUUUAUCUUGCACCUCCCUUGCUCUCUCCCUGCACGUACCGCCACCACAAAUGCUGUGCAAGAGCAAGUUAACCACUAUUGUUUUGAAUGAUAGAGAAAAUAAUGAGGGAAACAGACUGGUCCAUUCAGUGAUUAAGUAUUCAGUGUUAGGUGGUGGGCAGAAGUUAGGAAGAGAGGUAUCUUAAGGUUUUUGAUUCGGCGUCAUCCGAAUGGGUCAAUGAGACAGAUUCCACAGGCAAACCAUUCCAGUUCCAUAACCUCUAGAGUAGAAAGUUUCAGAAGGAAGAGAUUCCCCAAACUGUGUAAUUCCCUUGUAAAUCUCGUUCAUCCAAUGGGAUUUGAGAACCAACCACUUGUGCAGGUGCCCGCAUCCGAAGAUAACUUGCCCCCAGGAGACAGCAGAUAAGAAGAGGGCAGAGACAAAGGAGGUCUCUUUGUGGCUUGCAUCAUGGAUGCAGAAAAGGUGGAUAACCCAACUCUGGUGGGGUGAGUGGGCAGGGAAGGUUUGGAAGCAGGAGGGGGAGACACUCAAAGCUGCUUUGGGGUGCACUUAUUUUGUGUGCUGGAGAAGGAUUUGCUGGCCAUUUCUUGUGAAAUAAACUUUUUUGUGUAUGCAUGUGUAUGUAGGCUGUUACUAAUCCCGUUCCUUUCUUGAUCUACUGUUUUUCAGGUUAGUGGUGUCUGGGAUUUGUGGAGGGAGGAAGGAUAUAAAAGGGCAAAAACAGGAGACCCCGGUGCCUGGAUUCAGAGCCUUCACAUUCCGGAGAUCCCCAGAGGCCCCUCUCCCCAGACCCUUCAGCUCCAGAAAGCCAUUGUGCUCCCUCCUGGCCUCUGACCCUGAGGCUCUGGGAAGCAGCAGGUUGUUGACACUUGGACAAUCAUUUCUUGCAAGGCAACUGCCUCCCUGGGGGGCUCUCCUCUGCCUUAGGGUGGUGACUAUUCCCCCAACCAGGGUUAAGGAAGAGAAAAAUUAACUGUUGGUCAGAGCAGGAGGCAAGGAUAGAGAAUCCUCAAUUUCAGGCCCCCAGGCAUGUUCACCCCUCUCUCACUUGCCACUUCAGGAGUACACCAUAGCCCAGGGAUAAGCUUCAGGAAAAUGGGUUUGAGAGAGGCAUUUCUGAUCAGAGUUCCUUCUGGCAUCCUGCUGUGGGUCUCAUGUUUGUUGAGGGGACCCCAUAUUUCUUCAUGAAGGAUAUCUGUAUGUCUGCUACAGUCUCAGGAAUGCAGCCACAGGAACAAAGAAAUUUCUAGCCCUGAUGCUGCUACUUAUUAGGAGCAAGACUUCAGACAAGUUGCUUGUCCUUUCAGAAGCUUGGUUUCCUCAUUGGUAGAAGAGGGUCAAAAAGCCACUUGCCCGGUGAGCCUGCUGAGAAAAGCAGAUGAAGGAGGCGUACUUUGCACUCUGUGAAACAUUGCAAAUGUGCGGGUUGAUCAUUAAUGUUUUCUCUUACAGCCAAAGCUAGUGUGUGUGUGUGUGUGUGUGUGUGUGUGUGCGCGCGCGCGCACGCGCGCACAGUUUGUGAGUGUCGGGUUCCCAAGCAUUUACUCUCUUCUCUCCUUUCUAGGACAUUUCAGGAAGCAUUAUUCAAAAGCCGGUGGGGUGGGACAGAGGGACUAUUAAAAUUUUUAAGAAUCACCUUGCAUUUCUUUCACUUUGGUCUUAAUAAUAAAUAACUCUAACCCUGCAGCCAGGAGCUGGGAUGUUCUGUCCAAAUUAGCACAAAUCUCUGUCUGCAGCAGCCGAGCAUCCCCGUUCAGUGGGCGGGAUCAGUACCAUUUCCCCAGCAAUGAGAAAAAGCCCUCUUGCUAAGCUACAGAAAAAUCUCCCUUGUGCUUUAAUUUUGGAAGAAGCGGAUUAGUGUGGCCAUAUUUAACCUUUGACCCUGAAACAAAAGCAUUAUCAAAAUUAUUUACCAAGAGCGUCUGUCUUCUUCUCCUCACCCCCACUUCCCUGUUUGCCGGGGCUAGUUUAGAAUCUUGGUAAAGUUCUUCAGAGCAAGAGCAAAAUUUUGGAAGGCGAUCGUUACCUUAGAGACAUCCCAGGCCUGGUGUUCACUGCCAGGGCUCUUGGGAUCUAAGGUGGGUUAAAGGACAGCGAUGAGAAUCUUAUACCACAGUGGGGUUCAAAAUUUGUGAGUUGGAUGUAAAAACUCUUUCUCCUCUGAAACUAGCCUAGUUUCUGGCUGUCUUGGAGAUUUAACUAUUCAGAUGAUAUGUUGAUUUUUGUUUUGUUUUGUUUUAAAGAUGGAGUCUCACUCUGUCGCCAGGCUGGAGUGCAGUGUCUUGAUCUUGGCUCACUGCAACCUCCGCCUCCUGGGUUCAAGCGAUUCUCCUGCCUCAGCCUCCCGAGUAGCUGGGAUUAUUACAGGUGUGCACCACCACACCUAGCUAAUUUUUCUAUUUUUAGUAGAGACAGUGGUUUCACCAUUUUGGCCAGGCUGGUCUCAAACUCCUGACCUCAGUUCAUCCACCCUCCUUGGCCUCCCAGAGUGCUGGGAUUACAGGCAUGAGCCAAGUGAGUGACCUAAAAGUGCAGAUUGAUUUCUACCUUCUUCUCCUUCCAGGCAGACUUGGUGGUGUGGGGUGGAGGUAUAUCUAGACCUGAGCCAUUUCUGUGGGUUUAAAUCUCAUCUUCCCUGUCAUUAACUGUCACUGUGGCCUUGGACAAAUUAUUUGAACUCUGAGCCCCCCACCUACCUUCCUUAUCUGUAAAAUGGGCAUAGCAAUAAUAGUGCCCGCCUCCUAGAGUUAUUUUUGAGGAUAGAUAACAGGAUACACAUGAAGUGCUUACUGUGGGGUUUGGUGCUUACUAAGUGUUGAGCCAGUACUAACUACUGUUACCACAGUUGUUACCAUUGUCAUCAGUAUCAUCCUUAUUGAUUCUUCGUCACUUCCCCAGGUCCUGGUUGGCUCCCUUCCCCCUCCCCCGCAUUGGGGUGUUAUUGGCGACCUGCCCCAUUUCCUGCUUGUCCUCUGCCCUCACCUUCUUUGCAGUGAUUUUCAGAGUCCCCGUUUGCGUUCGCAGUGGGGAGUUUGACUUCAUUUCAUACCAGGAAGGCCAGCUUGCAGUGGGGGAUUGGGAGGGCAAAGCGCUUUAUAAGCUCGCGAUGAAAGCUGUAAAACGAGAUGGUCAAGGAUCUGGCCAGGCCUGGUUCGGGAUUAUGGCCGGCCCCUGGAAUGCUGAGGGGGGCCUCUUUUAAGAAGCCAGUGUCUAUUUACAGUGUGUCUCUCAUAAACCCCAACGCUGGGGCGAGGGCAGGGGGACUCGCCCUCCUGGCAUGUGAUUGAUUAUCUGGUAUUUAUGCCAUUGAGGACUUGUCAGCGGUCUGGGGUCAAAGGGUCAUCUCAUGUGUCUUGCCGCCAGCCCACCUCCUUUUGUACAGUGUGGACCGGGCGAGCUGUGCACAAAACAGCUUUUUCUUUUCCUUGGGAAAGGGGGGAUGGGGAGGGGGGAGUGUCAAUGAAAUUUUUUUUUCAGCCUUUUCUGAAUAGUGUUCUUUAAAUUCUAAAGAACUUUUAAUUAAAAGUAGCAGGAAAAUUCAUCUUGAGAAGGUUUAACUUACCUUAACAGAUACUUUUGUGUCCCAAGAAGCUGGGAGUGACUUUGAAAGAAAGAAAGAAAGAAAGUAAGGGGCUUUGUUGUGCCUCUCCCCCUCCCCCAGGCAUUUUCAAAGUUUCCUGGAGUUCUUGUCCACUCCUGUCUGGUGUGGACCCUGCUUGGGAAAGCAGGAAGGGAAGAGGUCAUUCUUCUCCUUUAACAUAGCCACACAAAUUUAGAAAGGGACUUGGGGAUUCUCUGCUCCAAUUUUCUCCUGUUAUAGAUGAAGAAACUGAGCCUUGACAGGUGAAAAGACUUCGCUAUAGAGUCACACAGCUACACAGUUGCGGAGUCAGGCACUGGGCUCUGAUUCUCUGUAUUUCCUAGUGCUCCUUUGAGCAUGCCAGGUUGCUUCCCGAAGCUGCUUUGGAUGCCAAGUGAAGAUAAAUGUAAUGAUACCUUUGCGUUGUUCAGUCCUGGAUGUUUGAGACUUGGGAACCACUCUUAAAUUCCUUGGGCUGGAAGCAUCCCUGAGGGACCACCUGGCUUAUCCCCCCCAUCCCCCAUCGCCUGCCUCGGAGCAGGCAGUCCGUGCUCACGUGUGCCGGAGGAAUUGCUAUGGGUCCCUUUUCUAAAAAUCUGCAGAGGAAGUCUCUAUGUUUUCUGCUUGGUAGAAAAUGCCAGCACCCCUCCCUCAACCUUCAUCACUGGAUGGUCUGGACAUCCUUCUGAACAGCUGACUUUGUUUCUUCCUUCUGUGGCUCAGGAGUGGCCCACCCAUGGAAGCUUGUCUGUCUGUUCCCCCAUCCCCCCGACCCCCUGUGUGCCCACAGGGGGCCAUCCAGAGCUGUGACUGGCCAGGACACCUCAGUCUACUGUGCUGCUCCACCAUGGCCUGGCUGCUGUAGGGAAACAUUGUCCCUCUUAACUCUCACCCAGGCUUUUGGUGACGUGAGGCCUUGAUGAAAUGCUUUGCCCAUCGCUUCCAACUCAUUGAACCAAGGUGGACACUGGGCAGAGAAAUCAUUUGCCAAGAGAUAGGUAUUUGUAGGACUCGCAUAAAUUCACGUGUGCUGUAUCCUGUUGUUUGUCUUCUCCAUCCCACCACCUCCUCAUUUAAAAAAUGCAAUACAAAGAAUUGUCUUCUAAAGAAUAGCUUUAGAAAUCCUCAUUCCUUUCCAUUCCCUCCAUUCCCAUUCACAUUAAAUUAGCGAAUGCUAAUUUGGACUGAUAGGGCACCACUGUGAAAAAGGUGUGAAGAAAGAUCUGCUUCUUGCUCAUGGGAGGAGACCCCAGCAGUAAUUAGAUUCUCACUGAAGUCACUGGGUGCCACAAACUGUGCCAGUGCUUACCUCAGACUGUGUUAUUUGGUCCUCAUAUUAACUUUCCACGAUGAACAUUCCUGUGUCCAGAUGAGGAACAUCAGGGCUAGACAUAGGUAGCCUUCUCUGGGGUAUAAUUUGCUUUAAGCUAAGUAGUAUUAAACAUGUUAAACAGGUCAUCUCUUUGAAUCCACAUAAAAUCCCUGUGAGACAGGGAUUGUUGUUAUCCUGGUUUUAGAUGAAACAGGCACAGAGGAGUUAAGUAACUUACCUGAGGUCACACAGCAGUAGUAAGUGGUGAAGUGGGGUUUGAUCCACCAUGAAUGACUGCAGAGUUCACACUUGAACUACUUGCUGCUCCACCUCUUUAAGUUGUAGAGCUUCCUGAUGCUGGCGCUCAUGUUUUGUUUUGUCUUUUCCUACUAUUCUGACAUAAAUCUGCUGGGGAGACACUAUAUAUAGACAUAUAUAAAUCAGCCAGAGACCAGCAAAAGGUCACUGUGUAAUCAGAUGCCAGCCUGGGUGGUGCGUGGAGAGGAAUUUAGAGAAGGAAUAUGUUAACGAGGACACAGUAUUUAGUCUCAUGUCUGGACCCCCAUAGUAAGGGGACAGUGCCUUACUCAUCUUUCCAUCUCUGGGACCUAACUCAAGGCCUGGUACACAUUAGAUGUUCAAUAAGUACUGAUUAGAUUACUGGGAAAGAGUUAGUAGGGGAGAUGGGACUUGAAGUUUUUUGAAAAUGAUAUUAAUAACUGUGACAGUUAUUUGUGAAGUUUUUUGAAAAUGAUAUUAAUAACUGUGAUAGUUAUUUGUGAAGUUUUUUGAAAAUGAUAUUAAUGGCAUUACCUUUUAUGGCAUACUGGCCAGGUACUCAGCUAAGUUUAUUAUUUAGUUGUAUUAACUCUCACAGCAGCCCUAUGGCUAUUACGAUCCCUGGAGUAAGCUUAGGCUGAAGAGAGAUUCUAUAUCUUGCUGGAGGAUUUAAAGUCUCAGGGUGGUUGGUGUUAUUUGGGGGCUUUUUUUUGGCUUUUUUUGUUGUUGUUGUUUUGAGACAGGGUCUUGCUCUGUCGCCCAUCCUGGAGUGCAGUGGCGCAAUUUUGGCUCACUGCAAUCUCCGCCUCCCGGGUUCAAGCGAUUCUCAUACUUUAGCCUCGUGAGUAGCUGGGACUACAGGCAUGCGCCACCACAUCCGGCUAAUUUUUAUAUUUUUAGUAGAGACGGAGUUUCGCCAUGUUGGCCAGCCUGUGGUGGUUUGUUUGUUUGUUUGUUUUUUCUUGAUUUUGAAAUUUUUUUUUUCCUAAAGCAGAGAAGAAGGCACAAGUGAAGGAGAAAAGGCAGACGUGAGCGACGAUGGCAGAAAGUCUGCUCAAUUGGGGUGGAGGGAUUUGGAAGCCAGAGAGAGGAGCUUAUCUUUUUUUUUUUUUUCCUGCUUAUAGGUGGAAGUUGCUUCUUUAAUAUAAAGAUUUCUGGAUCUAUGAGGUUAACUGUGUCCAGUUAAUUGAAUUUAUAAUUCAGCACCACAACGCUGAAAAGAAUUGUUUUUUAUGUCCCUUAAUGAGUGCUAUAAAAACAAGUGGUGAAUCUAAUUUUACGAAUGUUCCUUUAUGACUUACCUGAUAACUAGUAGUUGUUCAACACAAAGGACACAUAACUCAGUCUGGACCUACACUGGCUGCCUGCCGUAAAAUAACUUGUUUUAGAAGUUGGCCUUCUUGCUUCUCUUGAGUGGCCCAGGGAUUCACUUGUUCCCUUCUCUGCUCCCUCUUCUCAUUGAGGAUCAGGCUCGGGUUCUUCAUUCUGGAGGAUUGAGAUGGGUUACCUUCCCUGCCAGUCCAGGAUGAUCAAGACCUCACAUCUCAUUGGCUCUUUCCAAAAAGGGGAAGGGAAAGAUAUGGCAGCUCAUUCAGAUGUCUCUCUGGUACAGCAUAUUGCUUCUACCUAGAAGUUGCCUGGUGUGCUAGGAAGAAAAGAGAAAUUAAGAGAAAGACUCCUUUUGUCUUUACCCUACAACGAGAGGUAAAGAGCUGUACAGCCUCAGCAGCCGCAUUAGGUUAGACAUUGGUGAGAACUUCCUGAGUUGCAAAGAUGUUCCUAAGAGAGACUGAUAACUGUCCAUCUCUAGAGCUGCUUCAGUUGUGAGUGGGCACAUAUAUAGAUGCCCUUAUCUUUUUAUAGCUUUUGUCUUUUUUUAUGUUUUGAAAGUUUAAUUUGAAUUAUUUUGUGAUUACAGAUCUUACAGGUAGAUGUUGGGUACAAAAUUCAGGCAUUCUCUGAUGGCUAUUUGAGAAAGGUUGGCUGUUCCCAUCUGCAAUAGUCAGGGGCAGGAGCCUGGACUCACAGGCCAGUACAGCACUCAGGGAGACAGCCUAGAAAUGGAAGGGCUUUUGGAGGAGGGAAGCUCUUGAACAGAGCAGACAGGGUAGGGGUGUGGGAGCGUUGAUGAAGGAAGGCCAAGAUAAGGCUGUGGUUUCCAUUUGUUACCACCUCUCCCGCUUAUCUUGAGUGAGAACAGGCCCUACAGCUCUGAGCGAACCUUUCCAUGGGGCUGUUGAGCUGUGAAGAGGAAAUAUACGAGCUCUCCUAUCCUCUCUUCCCAGUGCACCCUUUCCCUUGCACACACAGGCACCUGUAAAGGCUGCAGCUUUGGUCUAUUGGAUGGGUGGGGACAAAUGCAGAAGCGUCCCUGUUCUGGGUGCUGAUUACUUCCUAGCAGAGCUGGGGGGUGGACUGGCACAUUUGUCGUUCAUGAGCUGAGUCUUACCUCUGCUGGCCUUGUGCUCAGACUGGCUGGUGGGCCAUCUUCUGCCUUGUCCCACCCUUACUAGGCUGAUAAAUUGCUGUUCCGGUCAACGGGGCUCUGACCCAGCCCUUAUCUUUGGUCAGAAGGAGGCUGGGUGACAAGGACAGGGGGAGGGGCUGCUGCACAAGCCCAGCCUUUGGACACUGGUAACCUUUUGUGGGGGAAUGCACACCCAGCUGGUUUGGGGCCCAGAGGAACAUUCUGGCAAGACAGUGCUAUCAGCCUAAACUCAUCACACCGGAGGCAGCCUGCAGCACAUACAUAUUUCUCUUGACUUACUGGAGACUGGAGAUGGAGGGAAAUAAGAAGUCACCUCCCCUUACCCCCUAUUCUCACUGAGUUGGCAUGACACUAAAAGAUCCCCUAUUCCCUAUCAUUUUCAGAAGAACCAAGACGGCUUGCCACUCAUUCAUUCAACAUUUAUUGCAUAUCUACUAUGUGCUUAAAUGCUGGGAAUAGAAAGAUGACUAGACCCAGUCUCUCGAUUCAAGGAAUUCAGAGUUGAGAGAAAGACAGACACAUAAACAGGCAAUUAUAAUGCAGAAUGCUGAGUGCAGCGAUAGAGAUAUUUAUACACAGGAUACUGUGGUAGCCCAGAGGAAGGGUGCUCAGCAGAUACCCAGGGGACAGAUAAGGCUUCUAGAAAGGAAGACACCACAAGGUUUUCAAGAAGUAGAAAGUAGCCAGGAUGAAGGGAGAGAAGGACAGAAGAAAUGGAACUGUAUGUGUUUAGAAACAGUGACGCUGUGGCCUGAGUAGCUCAGCUGAGAUAGAGCGUGGCGGAUACAGUUGGAGGCAUAGGCAAGCCCAGGCCACAGAAACUUGUUAGGCUGUGUUUAGGAGCCUAGAUUUUAUCCACAGAUGACAAGGAGUUCUUGGAAGCCUUUAAAAAGGAAGUUAUGAGAUCAGAUACAUUUUGGAUAGGUCGCACUGGUGGUGCUGUGCAGGUGAGAUCAGAGGGAGGUAAGCUGUGUUUAGGAGACUUUUGUGGCUAUCCUGAUGAGGGAUGCUUACAUGAUAGAAAAUGAGCUGGAUUGGGGUAUCUCAAUCCCAAUGUCAGGCAAGAGGACCUAGAGGCCUUCGGGGUGACGUCCAGGCAUCUAGCUCGAGUGACCAAGAGGAUGUUAGUGCUGACAGCUGAGAUGGAGAUCCAGGCCAAGCAAGUUUGAGAGGCGAAGAUGUGGGUUUCAGGUUUGGAUAUUCAGGUUGAAUAUAAGAUGUCUGCGGAACAUCUAGGGAGCAGCUAGGUGUAUGGAUUUUGUGCCCAGAAGAGAAGUCCAGGCUGGAGGCCUCCUGGCUUCCUGGUGGUCACUGAGACCGUGAGAGUAGAGUUCACCUGGACAGAUGGCGGGGCAUGAAGCGUCAUGAGUUAAGGGCAGAACACCAUGGUGGGGAUGAGAGUUGGGGCAAAGGGCACUGUUCAGCAGAGAAGGGCCUCCUGCAGCCAGCUCCUUAGGCUCCCUGGAAGGUGAGGAAGGCAGGAAGCAUGGGACCUCAGGUGCAGAGGGCUUCUCAGAGGCGGAUUCUCAAGGUAUGGCCUGGUGUGGGGAUCCCUGCAGAUAGAUGGGUCUCUCCAGGGUGAGGAGCGCUCUCCUGGCCCAGCUCCUGGCAUUCUCAAAUCCCAGGGAUCUCUUGUGAACAGGGCCCUGGCCCUGGGGUAGGAGAGAAGAGGCUGACAGGCUGAAGAAUAAUCUCAGAACUGGUGGGGACUUAGGGGAUUGCAGAUCCACCCUCUUGCUUCCAGGGGGAUUGGAUGGGCAGUCCUCCAGGCUGCUGUUGGAAAUUUCUCAGAGAAGGACCUGCUCUGCUGCACGGACCUUCCUGGAAGUCCAACCCAGGUGAACCCUUCUUGCUGGUUCCAUUGCUGCACAUACCAUCCCUUUGCACAUGUGUCUCUUUUCUGAGGUUCAUCAUGCUUGGUUCUGUCGCAUUGUCUGGAGGGAAUACAAGCACCCUGAUUCCUUCCAAAGAAGGGGAGCUCAGGGCCCUGGGUCCUGCCCCACUGGGGCUUUACAUUUUCUGAAACCCCUCUUCCACUUUCCCUGUCCCACACUGAUCCUGGAAUGAGCACUCCAUUUGGGAUGGGUGGCCGCUCUCCCUCUACACCCUCCUCCAGUGGCUUGGCACUUCGGGACCAGCUGCUGGAGUGAUUGACAUAAAGCCAAUCUAUAAAUAAAGUCUUUUUCUUUUCUCAUAAAGACUUUGUGGUUGAGCUUGCCUUCAAGGUCAAGAUCAGACCUUUCUAAAUAAACACAUAUCAAAGGAUCAUUAGCAAAGCAGCACUGUUAAAUUGAGAUAUUAACUUCUGUCAACUGCUUGUUUCUUUUUUGUUCUGUAACUCAUGACUGCAGUAGGUUUUUAUUAUUUUGUCCUCAGGCAGUAGCAUCUGGCUUCUGUAGAGACUGUAAAAAUUAAAAAGCAACACAAAUCAUUGCGAGAGAAAAGCAGUAAAUUCAAUGAUAAGAAUUUAAAAUUAAAAUGUUUCGGUGCUUUUAUAUUCUGCAAAACAUGAAAUGAGUGAGUUUGUUGCCUGUUGCCAUAAACCUCACCCAGCUAAUCGUCCGCUUGAGUUUUUUCCUGUCUCUUUUGCUCAUCACCAUCAAUUCUGUCUUGGCACAAGGCGUAAAGUGAGAGCCGUGUGUGUGUGUGUGCAUGUGCGUGUGCACGCCCAUGUGCUGGCAUGUGUAUGCAUGUACGUGCGUGUAUAUGUAUAGUGGGGCUGGGGCAGAGUGACGGAUGCACUCACUGACUUCCACCUCAUUAGAAUGGAGGAGACAACAGUAGGGAGGCAUCAUGUGGGAACCAGGGUAGGGAAGGAAGAGUUGAAGAUUAUUACAUCCCCAUGGGUCAGAGUUCCCUUUUUUCAUCACCCUUUCUAGUUAAAUACAAAAACAAAACAAAAAGCCCCAACCAACCAACCAACAAACAGAACACUCCAGGUCACAGACAUGAGCAUAAACAGCAACCUGUAGCAUCCAAGUUAAAAUGUAAAAAAGAAUUCCCUGAGCAAGUGUGUGAUGCUGGAUUAGGGGUCUGAGUGGGUGGCUGGGUCUUUCCCAUUCCAGAGAUGCCCAGCCUUUGGAUGGGGUGCUGGGGAGUGGGAUGGGAAGCAUCUUAGGCUCCUUAUUCCAAUCAGAAGAUUUAGGGUUUCUGUGUUGAGGUCACUCAUUCUUACUGCAAAAUUGAGUUGUGUCUCUGGGCCUAGCUAUGUCCUGGGCUGUGAGGGAGAUAAAAGUUGAUUGUUUUUUUUUCUUGCUCUGGAGGAACUUUAAAAAAAGCUUAAAAAAAAAAAAGUCUUUUAAACAGUCAGAGGACAAUUUAAGACAAAUGUGAGUAAGGAUGUGAUGGCAUUGUAUAAGCUGUUUGCAGACAUUCUGGGAAGCGUGCAGAGUGGUGUGGGGUGAGUUCAAGGGGAGCUAUUAGGCCUGAGUUGCCUUGAACUAAUUCUCCAGUCUGUUGGGCUUGGGGUCUGGAAGCCUUGGAAAGCCUGGGGUGAACACUGUCAGGGUGAGCUCACCCCCAUGUCUAAACCAGGCCACGGGACUGGGAGAGUGAGGGGGAAUGCUGCGGGUCCCUUUUCACAUAGCCUGUCCCAGUUUGACUGCUGGACCCACAGGCAUGAGGCCAGAGCUCUUUGUCCCAGACGGACUUCUCCAGCCUAGAGAGAGGUGAGAAAAGAGAGCCAGUCCUUGGCCUCCGUCAAAGGGAAUGAAGGAAAGUGUGAAGAUUAGUGGACGGAGGGGUCGAGUUAAGAGGGUAUGACUAAUAGGCUGGUCAUUCAGAUAGGAGAGCACAUUGUUCUCUGGGCCCAGAUGGUCCUUGGAAUAAAUCAGCUCAGGCAGAAGCAGACUUCCAGUACAAGGAAGUAGGAGCAACUGCUUGCCUGCUAUUCUCUAAUGACAUAGCCCAGGCCCCUGGCCCUGAAUAGCAGCCAUUCAGGCCUCCACUGUGGUGUUGGAGUGGGGGAUGUGUGUGUGCAAUGCAUGCAUGUGAGUGUGUGAGCAAUGCAUGCAUGUGAGUGUGUGUAAAUAUGUCAUGUUCUAGCCUCCGAUGCUUACAGAAGAGUGGAUGAGUGUUUGUGUUGUAAGGAGCUGGUACAGGGAGAUUUUUACCUUGGAGCCCUUCUCAACUUUAAAUUCCAACCCUGAAAGCCGCAUAAGUACUGGAGUCAUUUGAUUAAUGUCUCCUUCAGUAGAUGGGAAGCUCUACCAGGGCAGGGACUGUGUCAGUCUGAUUCAACAGUGUCUCCCCAGACCAGGUGCUGGUGGAUGCUUGAUAGACAUAGAUGGAGGAAAGUUGUAGCAACAUUCUUAUUUUUCUCCAUUGCCUUGCAGUCACAGCCCCCGUUAAUUAAGUAGUAUAUAAGUAAAUGAAUGUAUCAGCUACUCCUCCCAUGACUUCCCUCUAGGGACGGUCAUGAGGACAGAGUGAGCUGGGGUGGGGAUGCACACCACAGCAGUUACAUAGAGUUUUGGGUGGUGCAGGUCCUUUAUUUCUGUACUUGGGACACUCCACAGAUAAUGUGGCUUUGAAGCAGGACUUUCUGUCAUAAAAGUUUUCCAGGUAGACAGCUUCCCUAGUUUCCCUGGUUGAAGACAUGCAGGCAUGUGCAGGUCGUAGAAUACGUGUGAGCAUCACAGUGAUCUGUGGUGGUUUUUCUGGCAUGGUGGCCAACAUUUCAGUGGAAGAGCCUACCCACUCCCCCCUCAUGCCCUACAGUCUCCAUUCAAAGGCUGUGCUAGUUCCUUUUCCCUUCAGAACCCAUUCAGCUUCUUAGGAAAGGGAGGGUAGGGAAGAGCCAAGCAGCAAUAUCACUGAGUAAAUAGGAAUAAUCAAACAGAUACUCCCUGGAGAGAGUUUUCUUUCUAUGAAGAUCUUAAUUAAUAUGAACGCUUUGUCCUGGUGUUCUGAGGCAGACUUUCUGUACCAACCGUGUGUGACUGCUGAUCCAGCUCUGCCUAAAUCAGAUCACUGGGGUCUUUCAUCCUUUGGGGAAUAAGCUCCUUUGGAGAAUCAAGCCAGAUCUUGCCUGUUGGGAGAUUAAAUAAGUUGCCAUGUCUUAAAGUUUAAAAUUAAGUGCAUAUUAAGCAAAUGACAGUGGAGGCCACUGAAGACACCUUAGGCCUGGAAGCAUUUCAGUUAGAGAAUGUUUCAGGGACUCCACACACAUUCAUUCCCCUUCUCCACUCCACCCCACUGUCAUGCCAUCCUGACUUUCCACUCACUGUAAGGUGCUUCAGAAGACCCAAGACUCAGGCUGCCAGAGUGGCUGAGUUGGGUGACUUGGGGGUUGUUUCUCUCCCAUUCAUGUCUGAGAUCAUGAAUGGUCCUCUGGGCCAUUUCUUGAGUGUUUCAUUUCCCAGGCCUGUCAGAGGGAGGCAGUCUUUAGCAUUCUCUGACUGUGCUGGUAUUACUAGGAAACAACAGUCUUCUCUUAAAAGGCAAUUUCAGAAAACAACUGCAACUGAAUGACUCAGGAAGAGGAAGGAAAGGGGAAUAGGAUGAGUGAAAUGUAUGGCCCAGGAGCUUUUGGAGUCUGGAAGAACAAAGGAGGAAUAAAGGAUGGGUACGUGGCAAGAGGAGACCCAUGUUACAGAGUGUCCAUGAUCAUGCAGUGACCAUCCAGCUUGGCUCUGCUGUCGCCUGCAGAGAAUACACUAAUGAAACAAGUGAGUCUUGGGUGAGGGGUGGUGUGGAAUCGUGCUUGGUGGAAGCAUCUUUUGAAUCACAGGGUCUUUCAUGCUGAUCCUUGAGGCGCUGAAAACUUCACAGAACUUCCAUCUGGGUUCAAAUGGGGACAUUUAGAAAGUUCUUCAAAUUCACUGCUCUCAAUGACUUUUGCCCAAAGACUCCAAGCUCACAAUUACUUUAACCUGAAUGAACAGAAAGUAUCAUCCAUGCUGUUUAAUUCUCAGUGGCCUCUUGGACUAGCCUGAAAGUCACAGCUCCCCCAACCCCCAAAAUAUAAGUUAAGAAAGAAGCCUGAAGGUGAUGGAAUAAACACUACGGCUUGUCUUUCUUAUUUUUAGGGGCUCUUUGAGAGAGGGGGAAUCAGGAAGUGUAGGAGUGAGCAAAGUGAUUCUGGGCAGAAACCUGAAUGGAUAUGACAAGGACGAGGGAUCCUUUGUCCGGGAGCUGGUAAAUCCCUGGGGGGCUGCCUGUAUUGUCACAUUUGCUUGCGAGGACACCUGGCAUUGUAUCCACCACCGCCAGAUCAUCUCUAGAUCCACAAGAACCAGGAUCUUUGGCCAGGACUGAGAGCAACUCACAUCUGACAAAAGCCUGUUCACCUCUUAAAAGAAGCCCCUUUUUAUUUUCCUAGCAGGAGGGUGUUGGAGGUCAUGAUUUCUGAGCAUGCUAGUGACAUGGCUUUUGGCAUUUCCAUUAGCAUCCCUGUUCUAGAGAAUCCCCAUAUGCUGUGAAAAUUGAUCUCAAAACAGUAUAUCAUAUAUAUCACCAUCUGAGGAGAGACGAAAACCCACCAAGAGUGUGAUUUGUGGGGGCCCAUUGCUUGAGUGUAGAGGGCUCAGACUCUGAGGUCAGCUUAUGUGCCUGAGGGCAGCUCACAGCAGGCCCUGCAGGGAUAGCUGAGAGCCUGCCCUGGUCUUGGAGGAGAAAGAGAUAGGAAGUGUGCACCAGGAGACAUCUACAUGUUCCAUCAGUGCCCAGAAGUUGUUGUCAGGUUUGACUUCAGAUCCCAAACUGUAGGUGCUCGUUGGCUGCAAUCUCACAGCUUUGGCCACAGAGUGAUAGCCGUUCUGCAGGCCUCUCUAGAGAUCUGUGUCUUCAAUUGUGAAUGACUCCUCAUCAGGAAGGGACAUCUGGGUAGCACUGCACUGAGUACCACAUGAAUGAAUACUUCCAGGUUGAGAGGAGAAACCAAACCCACAAAAGCCUAUGCCCUGCUCCUAACACAUGUGGAUAUGAGUGUACACCUAACAAUCGCACGUAUUAAAAGAUAUGGGAAUAUACGGACUCAGAAGCCUGCAACUCAUAGGGAAUUGGGGAUGGUGAGUGGGUGGGUGGCUUGAGAGAGGAGAGUAAGCCAGCAUGUUUACUUGAGUUGAAGUUGGUCAGAGUCAGAUAUUAAUGGUGUAGGCUCUGAAAAUUAUGACUUGCCUGGAGCUCUGGCUCAAGCCCACAGAAGUAUUAAUAGAUUAUUUUUAAUGUAUUUAUUUGUUUAUUAAUUCAUUCGGUAAAUAUUUAUUGAACACCCAUUCUUACUUAGUAGUAUAUUAGGCUCUGGGAAUUCAGUGGUGAUCAAAUCAGAACCCAUGUCUUCAUGAGUUUCAUGCCUUCUAGGGAGACACAUAAGAAAAUAAGCAAGUCAUAUACAGGAUAAAUAUUGUUAUAUUGGAGGUAUAAGGAUGUUAUUAGAGCACACGUGAGCAACCUCCAACUUGGAUGGAGGCUUCCUGGAGGUGGUGUCAUCUAAGCUGUCAUCUGAAGGAUGAGAAGAAGUUAAGACAAUGAAGGAAUGGGGGAGAAAGGGAAGAAUGCCAGGCUGAGAGUCAAGGUAGGUAAAUGUCCAGAGUAGGGAGAGAGUAAGACAAGUUCAUGGAACUGAAAAUGGGAGUGGGGAGGAGGGCUAAGAUCUGAACUUGGAGAAGUAAAUGGGCAUUAAAUGGUGAAAGGCCCUUGAAAACCAUUUUAAGUAGUUUUUGCCUUUUUCUGGGGACAAUAGGGAAGUAAUGAAAGGAUCUUAAUCAGGGGAGGGACAUCAGGUGAUGUCAUGGAAAAGUUACUUUGACUACUUGGUUUUGACUCAACUGGUGGGUUUAAGCUGAAGGCAGGGAGAUUGGGAUAAUAUUGCCAUCAUUUAGGCAAAGAAUACGGUAGUCUGAACCAGCGUCGCUGUAUGAGGGGGUGGAUAAAUAAAUGCACAAAAAGAUACUAGAAAUCCGAAAACAUUUGGUAAUUGAUCUCUUUCGAGAGGUGAGAGAGGAAUGUAGGAUAAUGCCCGCUUUUCUUGCUUGGGCAACUGAGUGAUAGUGGAGUUCUUUACUGAAAUGAAGAAUACAAGAAAAAAGAGCUUUUUUUAUUGUUAUCGUUAGGAUACUGAACAGUUUUCAUAUACAGUAGCAGGGUGUGCAUGACAUCCAAAGGUAGGGUGUGCCUAGGAGGCAUGUGGGUAUACAGACGUAUCUGGAAUUCAGAAGAGAGAGACCCACUGGAUAUGUCCAUUUUGGAGUUGUCGUCAACAUAUAAAUGAUCAUUGAAGCCCUUGGAACUGGGUGAGUUUAUAUAACAAGAGAGUAUAGAAAGAGAAGAGAGCUUGGAAUAGAAUCCAGAGGAACCCCAACAUAUUCCACCCCUCCAGAACAAUCCCAAUCCACGAUGGAGAUUGAGGAGUUGCUGGAAGAAAUAGGAGGGACACCAGAAGAGUGUGGUGUCAUGGAAGCUAAAGGAAGAGAUUUCAAAAAGAAAAAAGCAGUCAGUUUUAGAUGGUGCUGAGAAGUCCCCUAAGGGGCAGACUAAAAAAUGUCUGUUGCUGUUAGUGACAUGGGAGUCGCUGGGUAUCAAAGGCAAACAGUUUUGGUGUCAGUGGAAUGAUAGAAGCAGGAGUGGGAUUACAGUGGGUUGAGGAGUUAGUGAGCAAUUGGGAGGUAGAGGCAACGUGGGUAGGCAGCUCUAGGAGUGGAGGACGUGGUUAGUUAGACCGAUCCAAGCUUAGGGUACAGCAGGCUGGUGAAAUUGAAGGAUCCCAGGCAGGGGAGUUCAGGAAUUGGCCAGAAGUCAGUGGGGAGUUGGACAAUGGGCCUUGAAGUGUGGACCGAAUAUGAAAGAAGUAAGGAAAGGAAAGGCAUUCUAGGGAGAUUUUUGAAGAUCAAAUAAUGGGUUUGGUGGGAGUAACUGGAUGGGAGAAUUUAAAAGGUGGGAAUGAGGUUUGAAUAUGACACUGUAGAGAUAGAGCUCUUCUUGGUGAUGAAAGACAGAGAGUGUUCUCUAUAAGCACCUCCUAGAGGGGGCCUAAGUGCAGCUCAUGGUACCUGUCUUAGUCUGUUUUGUGCUGCUGUAGCAGAAUGCCUGAGAGUGGGUAAUGUAUACAGAACAAAAAUGUAUUUGGUUCACAGUUUUGAAGGCUAAGUCCAAGAUCAGGGUGCCAGCGUCUUACAAGGGCCUUCUUGCUGCACCAUUCCCUGGUGGAAGGCGAGAGGGCAAGAGAGAGCAGAGCACAAGAGGGGACUAGAUUCAUUUUUUCCUAAGGAACCCACUCCCUCGAGAACGACAUUAAUCCACGCGUGAGGGCACAGCCCCCAUGACCCAAACACCUCCCAAGAGGCCCCACCUCCCAACACUGCUGCAUUAAGAUCAAGUUUCCAACACAGGAACUUUGGGGGACACAUUUAAACCAUAGAAGUACCUAAGUUAAAACACCACAGCCAACUGAUUUAAAUAUCUGUACCCCACACCCUUCUUCACCCAGCCACUGGAUCAGUGUUCUAAGCAGCUACUGUUUCUCCAUCCCCUAAUCAUGUGACACUGUGAUAGACAUUGUUCAUAUAUUAUCUCUAAUCUGCCCAGCAACCUUGCAUGGUGGGUACUAUAACUCUAAUACAGAAAGGAAACUAAGACCCAGAGAUACUAAGUGAUUUGCAUAUGAUUAUGUAGUUAGUAAAUAAAUGGAAGAGUCAGAAUUUGAACCCAGGUGUGGUCUGACUUCAACGCCGAGGCUCUUUGCUUUGUACUUCUCAGACUGUAAGCUUCUUGGGGCCAAGAAGUAUUUUCUUAUCAUUGUGUAGCCUCAGGGUUUGAUUCCUAUACAGAAUUGGGACUCAAGAAAUUUGAGGUGCAUGAGUGAGUCAGUAAGUGAGUAACUGAGUGAGGGGUACAUAAAGUAAAUCUCUAAUGCUGUUCCCCAGGGGAAAUAAAGCACCAUCACCCAAAGAGAGAAAUGAAGAGCACUGGACAGAAGAAAGGAAGAGCAGAAAGAUUUGGCCAUCAAGUGAUGCUGGUGUUGGGUAGCUAGAACAGAGGUGUCUCUCUUCACUACUGUUUCUAACCAGGGUGCUGGACAGCCUGUGGUUGGCCUGAGAGAGUCAGCCCUAAGGCCUCCAUCUGCCCCAGCAUCAACCCCACGCUCCAGAGCUGUCAGGCAGUGGCCCAAAAACUCCAGAGGAGGAGCUGAAAGGGGAGGUACCUAAGAAACAAAACCCACAUGGGAGGAGAGAACCCCAAACCACGAAGUGACAUUCUACUUCACGUUUCCUUUUAGUGUCGGCAUCUGAGGCUGGGGUUUCUCUCCAGACCCUCCUUCAGAGUGCCCAGGGUUGGCGUGUCUGAACGUGUGAGAGUGUUGGGAGGGACCACGCUGCCCAUGAGGAGCAUGCACACCACCUGACAUGACCUUGAACUCCAGCCAGAUGCCUACCAGACACUCGUCUUCCUUCCCUGAAACUGAUUUAUAGAAUCAGGAGAGCAACCUACUUGAAAGGAGGGUAGUUCCAGAUGUGGGGGUAAUGGGAAAUGCUAGUGGGCAAUGUGCUCUUUUAUUUUCCUAUUUUUCUUUAUCAUAUCAUAUUCCUCUCUCUCCCUCCCCAAAUAGCAAGAAGGACAGUAUCUUCCUUCCAGGCUUUAAAAUCCCUUGCAGGCAGCCUGACGUUGCCUAAAAGCCUCUCCCUCAGGCCUACGGACUCCCUCUCAUUGCUUGCCUAUUCAGUAAGCCUAUAAAUUUACUGUCCCCUGUCCACCACCAUCACCACCAGCCUGUUGUGGCAGGGAAGGUGGCCUGGUGAGCCCAGUGGACUCCAGCAGGACUGCAGCAAGGGGAUACUGCUUUGUGCAGCAGCCGGAGCAGCGCUGUCCCUGAGGUCUGCAGGAAAGUCCUGGGGCCCAGGAGGACAGUGGCCCAUCACCCCCAGUAUUGCACAUCAGGUAUCCCCCACCUGUGUGCACCAUGCACACCCCCACCAUCCACCUCCUGGGCCCCAUGUGCUGGGGGAAGGUGUGGUCAGCAGACAGGGGAGGAUGUCGUGCUGACGGAGCCCCUUAGAACAAUAGCUUCACAGGAUCACAAAGCCUAUCCCCCCUCAUGUUACAGAAGAGUUGAAGUCCAGAGAAAUCAAAUUCAUUUGUGCAAUCCUUUAUCCAUCUAUUCGUCCUUCUCUCCAUCCAAUAAAUAUUCAUUGAACACCUGUCAGAACCAAGAGAUAGAGUGCUGUAUAAGAGAAGUGAGGUCGCAGCUCUCAUGCAGCUUUCAUUCUGACAGGUGGGGAAGACAGUAAACCUUGAACUUAAAGCAAGUCUCUAAGUCUUGUGGGUGUCACAGCUGAAGACUAAGGCUGGGCCUCCUGUAGUGUCCUUUGCAAGGCCCCAUACUCCCUGCUUCCUGGGAGGCCAAGCAUUUAGUUUGGCUCUCCAUUGCAGAUGGAGAAGUUUGAGGGAAUAAAUACCAGUUUGGACUAGAUACUUCUGGGUGGCAGAAGGGUACAGGUAGUUUCAGACCAGGAUUGGUUUUUAAUUUUUUAAUUUUGGUAAAUUAUAUGUAAUGCAAAAUUUGCGUUUUGAACCAUUUUAAGAGGACAAUUCAGUGGCAUUAAAUACAUUAGCAUUGUCAUGCAACCAUCAACACACUCUAUCUCCAGAACUCUUAUCAUCCCGUAAAACAGAAACUCCGUACCCAUUAAACACCAACUCCCCAUUCCUUCCCUGACUCCUAGACAGGGAUUCUUAACUUUUUUGUGCCAUUGGCUCCCUGGGCAGUCUGGCGAAACCCCUGAACUCUUCCUCAGAAUCAGGUCUCUACAUGCAGAAAGUAAAAUACAUAGGAUUGUCAUGGAAACUUGAAAUACAAAUAUCAAAAUAUUUUUUAAAAACCAUUUGUAAUAUAGUAAUAUGUGUGAUUCUUUGUUAUCCCAUUAACCAAUAACAUCAGGCUGUAAUUGAAUAACUACCAUAUUUUUGCGGGAGUGGCUUGCAUAGAUGAUAUUUUGAGAUGACUGCAACAUUUCUAGUGCAGUGUGAAAAUACCUGUAAUGUCUACCGGUGACCAAGUAGUUACCAGUACUGCCCAUAUGACUUGCUGGUUGCUUAUAUUCCUAAUGGAAGGAGCUACUGAAUUUCAGUUGGAGGUUGGUGAAAAUAAAGAUGUCACUUUUUUCCCCUCUCUGAGUUCACCAAUCUCCUGAAUUCUGUCCCUGGACAGCUUAGGGGUUCCGUGGACUCCAGGUUAAGAAGCCGUGCCUAGACCUGAGCUCACUCCCCUCUUCUGCCUAGAGGGGCAGUGCACAGUGCACGGGGCUGGGAGCGUGUUGAUACGUAGGAUGUCGUGAGUGAAGCAGUCCCUUUGCAGGGCAUCACAGGAGCCCAGCCAAGGGGAAAAGGUGCCCCCACUCUCCCCAGGCCGCCAGCCUGCUGUCUGAGGUGGGCGGGGCCGGUGCCCCCUAGAAGUGUGCCUUCUGGCAGCUUUCCCCGCCCCCUUCCACCCUCUUGUCCAAGGGCUCAAUGCAGAAGGGAGCCAUAUGGUCCUUUGUGGACACAUUUUCCCUAGUACAGUAUCUUCCUGGUGUGAAUGCAGGCCUGGCGGGCGCCCUGGUGUCAGCUGUCCCUCCCCUUCCCUGGCGCCCCAUCCCCCAUAGCCAGCCCAGAGAGUAGCAGGUUGUGGGGAGUCGGGGAGCCCUGCAGAGUCGGGGUGAGUAAGGAGUCUUUCAGUAACACCCACACACACACUCACACAGAAAACUGUUGAAGUGAAGUCAAAUGUCUCAAAGUCAGAUCCCUUUUUAGUAUGAAUUUGCUGUGUCUCAUUCUGAGCACUAAUUCCAAUUUAAUUGCAAGUGGCCUGAAGCCUCUUCAAUAGGAGUAACAAAUGGUUUGAUUUUGUAAACUUCAUCAGACUGCAUUUUAAAUGCGACACAGUAGCCCAACUCGAAUGCCAAUGAAGCACUGGAGUAGCUCUCUGUUUACUAAUUAUCCGUUUUUACUCCAAGCCACGCUGGCUGGCUUGUCUGAUUAAAUCGGAUUUGUGGGAUAGAGAACAGCUAGCAGAGUUUUCUCUAUAGUAAACGAGAUUGAAACUAUGGGCCGCCUGGCUGCACACUGUAAAUUAUAUUUCCUUUUAAAGGGGACGUGUCUCUUUUAUUUCUCUGUCAUCCCUCCUGCAUAUUAAACUUUACGGUACAGAAGUAUACCCGGCUGCUUCUAAAUCCAGCCUCUCACCCUCCACCUGGUAGCCCACUCUCGCUUUCUGUGAUUUCCGUCUCCUUCUCUGAAGGACUGGAAAGGAAAUUGGUAGCUACAUUCUCUGCUCCUUUAUCUUUUUAACCCUUUUCUUUUCUUCCCCUUUAUUCUGGAAUUGGCUUUUCAUUAUUCCAUUAUUUUCAAAGAUACCUGUGAUGACAUGGAUGCUUAGAAACUAUAUUGAGUUAGCUAAAAGAGAGUUCUGGCAACAGAAUUUACCAGGACCUAACACAGACUGGGUUUUAGCCUUUUAGAAGGAUGUGAAGAUGGGUGGUAUUGGGCCGGGGCAGGCAGGGGUUGGGCAUGAAUUGGUAAUGAUAGUUUGAAUUGUGAAAAAAGAGUCAAUUUCUGAAAAAUCAAAUGUGUUCCUUUGGUUCACCUGGAAUGAUGAAAUCCUUUCCUCUGAACGCAGUGAAAUCAGAAUCACCUGAUUUCUACCUGUGGCCCAGCGGAGAAGGCCGUGGGGCAGGUGUUGGAAGGGUGAACGUUGGUGGUCCCGCCCUCUCGGUUGAAGCCCAGGUUGGGGCAGUGGGUGUGUCCUCUUUCUACUCCCUGGCUGGUUCUGGCUCUGACGUAGAGCUCCUGGGCUCGAUUUAUUUAUUCCUCUGACCCUAGGAAGGCAAAACAACCUCUGUCCUUGGUCCUUCCUGUAAUGUGCACGUGCAUGUGCAACACACACAUGCACACACAUGCAGGUACAUGAAACAAACGCAAGGAGCCCUGAAUCAGGUGUAAUCAGGCUGUGCAUACAUUCUGCCGUUGCUAAGACCAACUCCAUGAGCUCGACCUGCCCUGCCCUCGUUCUUGGUAUCUAUGUAUGCGCUGGGAGCUUUUUUAUAUUUUAAUUUGCUUCUGAAUGUCCUGCAGAAUUAACAGUAUCUGUCUGCACUUUUCCCUUUUUGGCUAUUGUGUGCCGUACAGUACGGGAAGGCCGCAUGGUGUCUCUGAUAUUGAUAGCCUGGUUACUGUGGGAAUGAAUGGCCACCACACUCUCAGGCCCACAGCCCUCCUUUUAAUUGUUGACAGUAAAAAGCGUUUAAAAGCUGCUUAAUUUGUAAUCAUCUUCUGUGGUGGGGGAAGGAGAGGAGCCAUUAAAAUGUCAGUAAAAUGAAUACAUCCUCUCCUUUUUUGUUACUUUGUUUUGCUUAUUUAUAUGGGGUAGUUUUUCUUUUCAUUGCCCAGUGUUUGGGAGAUAUUUAAAUGGCACUGAAACAAUCAGUAUUUCGUUUUAUUUUGAAUUUCUGUCUCGCCCAACCCCUGCUCCCCUCCCCACUCCAUUCUGUCUCCCUGGGCCUUUGUCUUGCCUCUGUCUCUCUCUCUUCUGUCUGGGUCUCCUCCUGCCUCCUGCCUCUGCCUCCACCUCCCUAUCUCUGGAAUACAUUGGGGUUUACUGGAAAUUUUACAUGAGAGCCUAGCUGAGGUUUUUGGGUUUUUUUCCCCCAGAGAACCUACUCCUGGGCUGCAGUUUCUCUGCAGGGGCCUCAGGAUGACUUUGGGAACGUCUGAAACUAGAGAGAGUGACCAUCUAUAGAAAGCAUCUUUUACACGUGAAGUAUACUGGAGAUGAAAGAGUCCUGGGGAUAACUUAUUGUUCAGACAAGGAAACUGGGUCUUACCUUCACGUGGAAACUCCGUGCCUCCCGUGAAGCUCUGGACACACAGCCAGAAUGUAAAUGCCUACUAUGUGUUGGACACUGUGCUCUUGUAAUGAAACUGCUAGAUUCAGAGGGUCUGGUUCUCUGACUUGCUCUCUAUAUGGGCUUUCUUGGGGGUCUUCUCUGUCAUUCUGCUGCUGGGGGCUUGGGAGAGAAAGCUCCCCCUCCAUACUCCCCACCCCAACUGCUCAGCCCUCACCUGGCACAGAGAGGCUUCAGGUACUCUCAGACCCAGCUGCUCAAUAAUUGCCUCUGUGAGUGUUCAGCCAGUUCUAGGAGGUCUUAAGCUGCUAACUGGUAGUCCCCUAGAAAAGGGACCUAGAGGUUCUCUCAAGUCCUGUGAAAUUUUCCCAUCUUCCUAAAAAUCCCCAUCUCACAGUGCUGCUUGAGAGAGGCUGAACCUCGAUUGGCACCCAGCAGGUGCCCAGUCAAUGUUGGAUCCUUUCUUUGCCUUGUCUGUGACUGUCCCUCUGUCAGCCUAAGAAUGUGGUUCCUUUUAGUUAAAGGGAUUCUCUUUAGCUAAAAGAAGGCUGUGAAGUCUGACUUGGAAAGAGAAAAUGCUGACGUCCAUCUCAGUGGGAGAAAGGACCAUUCAACCUGCCAGCACCUUCUUCAAUAGAAUUGUUGAAUAUUAGAGUGGAGAAAAACCCUUUAAGGAUCACUUAUAUCCCUCUUCAUUUUACUGUUGAGGAAACUGAGGCCCAGAAAGGUCUAGUAACCCACCCAGGAGUGCACAGCGAGUUAGUCACUGAGCCAGGACUUGAGGCCAGGUUUUCUACUCUUGUUCCUGUUCAGUUGGGAGUCUGCAGUAAAAAGCCACGUGAGGGCAAGAGGAUGGCUGGGAUGUGAAGAUCCUGGCCUGCCCUUUCAUGCUCCGUCCCGAUGUUCCCCCACCCGCUUUGGGGCUUCUUUUCCUGGAAGCCUCUAAGAUCAGCUGAAUUCGAGACCAAGGGACCCAUAUUUCUUGCAGUGCUCAUGCAACCUUGCAGAGGGUUACAGGAAGAAUACAUGCCAGGGAAUGGACUUAGGAAGAAACUGAUUGUAGCUUUUGGUUUAUUUGCUACCCACCUACCCCCAAAUGCGGGAAGUAGGGAGCCCUUUGGCUGUAGGAACCCUGAGAGUAAACAGGUGCCUGUCUCUCUCCUUCGAACUUUAUUUCUACAGAACAAGCAGUGUAGAGAAACCGAGGAAAACAGUUCUCUGCAUCUUGGGAGAAGUUGUUGAGCACGGGGCCCUCAAGUCGGCACCCUGCCUACUUGCUCCAUCCCACAGUCCAUCAUUCUCCCAGCCUGAUCCCAUCUCAGAGGCACCUCUCUGCCAGAACGGGCAGUCCCUGAGAGAGGCUUCCACAUCAGAUGCCCCACCCAGGGUUGGGCUGGGUUGGGUUGGGCUGGGCUGGGCUAGGCUAGGCUUGCUCUGCAGAGCUGGGCUAGGCUAGGCUUGCUCUGCAGAGCUGGGCUAGGUUAGGCUACUGCAAACUGCCCUUCUCCUCUCUGGGUUGUUGAAGUUGGUCCGAUUUUUCAAUCGUGGGCCAAUUAGUUUCACAAAUGGGGGCCCCCGUGGUGCCAGGGCACAUUUGUUCCGGGCCUGCGCACUGGCCAGGCCCCAUUGUUCUGCCUCCCACCCCCGUGUGGGCCCAUUGUCCUCGCCCCCAGCGGGUGCUGCUUACUGCUGAUUUAUACGGGCAGGCGUCCUGCGGGCUCCAGGCUUCUCUGCCACAGCUGGCGGAGGUGCUUAAGGCCUUGGACCCCGUGACCUUUGCCCUAGUCCUGCUGUCAUUUUGAAAGUUACAGACCAGAGGGCUGCAUACCUCUCCGGAUUUACUUUCCACCCCAACUCAUCCCCCCCCACCCACUCUACUGCACACACGCAUGUGCGCGUGCGUACACACACACACACACACACACACACACACACACACACUCCCUUUCCUUCUUCCUCUGCUUGCUCUUGGAGAAGUUUUAAUUCAUUCUGGAAUGUCUGGAAGGGUCCAGCCACUGGACUGGAAACCAAGAAGAAGGAGCUGCUGGGGCAGGUGGGAGGUACCAGCCGAGGAUAUUAGUCUCUGCUGAUGUGCUUGGAAGCAGCUACUUCCCGGAAUGUGGUUUUUAAUCCUCGGAUUCAUUAGUUCCAUAUCUGAUGCUGGGAGGAAGGGAGGAGGAUGUUGCUGUCAGUGUGGCACUGCCAGGGAACCAGGACUUGAUUUGGCAUCUUGCAACUUAGCAUGCCCCCUUCCUGCCAGAGGCCCCUGCACCCUAGAAAGGGCAACGCAGCGUAGGAGGUAGAUUGAAUGUGAAGGUGGUUUUGUAGCCCAGUACGAAAAUGCAGAUCUUGUCCCCUCUUAACCCGUUUAUUCUCUCUCUCCUUGCAAACCAAACUUCUCUCCUCCUUUUUUUUUAAAACCUCCUUCCCUUUUUUUAUCCACCCCUUUUCUUGUCCCCCUCCCUCAUUUUCUCCCCCUCUUGGGCUGGUUUGUUGGAGUGAUUGACAAAAUUAGUAAAUCCAUUCAUGUUACUUUUAUUGUGCAGGUCUCAAUAAAUCCCCCAUGUCCAGGGCGCACCUUAAUGAGCUAGUGAGCUGACAAAUUUGUUUACUGUAGCUGGAGGUGCCGAGUAAUGAAAUGCACUUGUGUCUGCAGCUCACUGCUAAACAAAUACACGGUUUUCCGGGAGCCAGCUCUGCUAGCUGCUGCUGCCUGAGGACACAGCCACAUUCCCCAAGAGACUGAAAGUUGUAUGUGUGCAUAUGUUUUGAAAAAUGUAAUCACUCUCUCAUCCAUUGCUUAGUUUUAAAACAAAUCUGAAUCAGCUGCUCAAACUCCCCCCCUUUUUUGUUAUGCAAUGAAGAUGCUUUUGCUCCCUUGACUGACGGUAUUGAAACCAUAACAUUCCCCUUUUCUCUUGUGGAAAUGGAAUGUCAUACAGAUGUAUAGAUGCCUUCCAUGAUUCUACGCAGAUAAGAAAGGAAGGAAAAAGGGGCAUAGAGGACUGGAUAAAGAGACCUAAAAUUGACAAGGACGAAAUUGACAAGUGAUGCUAAGGUUUUUGGCUCUUAGCUUGGUUUGGGAAGAUGUAACUGAACGCCUCAGCAGUGGGUGACUCUAUAUGCAGGAGACAAACACCCAUGCAUGAGCUCAAAGCUAAUUGAGUUUGAGACAAGUCUUCGAAGAUGGUAUCUUUGUGUAUUCUACCCCAGUAAAAGGAACUGGGGAACUUGUCUCCCACUCACCAGCAGCUGAUUGGAGUUUCCAGGGUUCGGUGGGCUGAUUUGGCCUUCAUUGCCCACAUAGCUAGCCUUCUGAGGAACGCCAGAAGUACAGUAGUGCAUCCCUAAUGAUCCUGAAACUCAUGCCCAAGAGGAAAACCAGAGAACUAAAGAGAGGGCUCUUGGCCAUUUGUCCAGUAGAUUCCUUGAAAAGGAGGUGAGCCCUAAAUGAUAGUACAGGGGAAGUCAAAAUGGAGGAGCCACUCAGAUUCAAAGGCUGGACUUUGUUCCUUUCUGUCUAUUCCUCACCCCACCCCAGCCUUCUCCAUCCUUUUAAGAUGCAGACAGAGCCUUCCUGCCUUGGGUGGGAGUCAGCCUGGUGCUGCUUGUCUCUGCCUCUCUUUCUCUCUUGCAGAGUGGAUGGUACAGCCCUGCUACCUUUUUCAGCAGCAACCUGGGGGCAAAGGGAGGAGAAGAUGGGCGAAAGGAAAAGGCGUCAGUUUAUAUGAUGGUUUGAGUGUGUGGUCACGAAGGUUGCCCAUGCUGGAGAUGGUGUCUUAGGAAAGAGUAAUCCCCCAGGAUGUCAGAGGGAGCAGAAAGACAUAUCUGAAGGAUUUGGGGGCUGGGGGUGGAGGGAGGGGGAAGUUUCUAGUUUAAAUCAAGGUUUUCACACCCUCCUAAAUUUGAUAUUUUCUUUCUGUGGGGAGAAGAAGCUUUCGGGGUGGCAGGGGAGGCAGUCCUUCCUUUGUUGGGUGAGGUUGGGUAGGAUUGGACGUGAGAAGCCCCUCCGGGGUACAUGUGCAUGCACGAGCACACACGGGCAUGCACCCACCCCAGCACAUGCACACACAGCAGUCCCAGCCUGCUUACCAAAAAAAGCUGGAGUAUAUUUAGAUCCCUCUGCUCCUUUGAUUAAGAAACUGCUUAUAGCAGGAGAUAAUAAGAGCUUUGCUCCAAGAAGGUGUAGCACCUGAACAUCUUCUCCAGCUGUGUACCCCUCUGAUCCUCUUCCUUCCCAUCUAUUAAAGAGAUAAUUGGUAUGGAAAUGGCACAGGUGUAAACAUGAGGGGUUUUGUGUUUCAUAAUUUCAGACCCCGUCAUCACCUGGGUGAAAUACCCUAGGUCUGUGUCACCCCUUCUGCCUACUAUUCCACCCUGGCCUGGCUUUCUCCCUUUCUCUCUCUUUCUUUCUUUCUUCCUUCCUUCCUUCCUUCCUUCCUUCCUUCCUUCCUUCCUUCCUUCCUUCCUCCCUCCCUCCCUCCCUCCCUCCCUCCCUCCCUUUCUUUCUUUUUCUUUUCUUUCUUCCUUUCUUUCUUUUUCUUUUCUUUUCUUUCCUUCCUUCCUUCCUUCCUUCCUUCCUUCCUUCCUUCCUUCCUUCCUUCCUUCUUUCCUUCCUUCCUUCCUUCUCCUUUUUUUUUUUUUUUGCUAAAAUUAAGCUUGUUUUAAAUUGGAAGACUUUGAGUCAUACAUGCCCUGUAGUCAAAACUGGCAGUGUUGCCACUGGGGGGUCUGGUGUGGGUCACCUUCUCUGGAGAUAGAAUUGAUGCAAAUGUGGUCCCAGAUAUUUGCAUGGAUCCUGCCCAUAUUACUAAGAGUCAUGUUCCUUGAGUCUUGAUAGCAUCAUCCUUUCUACAUGCAUCCCCUUUUCCUACUUCAGAUUCCCUUUGAGCAGAUACCCUGGGAGUCCAGGCUAAGACUGAGUCCCAUUCAUUCUUCAGAACAGCAGAGGUGCUAAUUCCUUGACCUGAAAAAUUAUUUUCUUGGGUCAAAGCUGACUUAUAUAUCUGAUUUACAUUGAAA